AUGUCGGAGCAAGGUCAGGAAUCCGCUAGAAGGCAAGGGACCAGGUAUUCAUGCUUUUACAUCUUUAACUCAAUUUUCAGGGUCUUUAAGAAGAGCAGCCCCAACAAUAAGGUACCACAAUGGUUUUAAUUAGGGUUUAUAAUGUUUUUAGUUGACUGCUUACUUGUCAAAACGGGAUUUUAUCGACCAUUUAACACACGUUGACCCAAUAGGUAUGCUUAUUGAUCUUUUAACUUGAUUUUUCAGAGGGAGUUGUCCUCAUUGACGAAUCGUAUGUAAAGAAUAGACGAGUAUUUGUACACGUCCUUGCUGCAUUCCGAUAUGGUAGAGAGGACCUUGAUGUUCUCGGUCUUUCAUUUCGGAAGGACUUGUUCUUGGCCUCCGCUCAACUCUACCCCCCACAAACAACAAAGGUUGAUAAUACGCCUGUAAACCCCAUUCCCGUUCUGGCCGUCGCUUCCGGUAAUACAUCGAGCAAAAAAUCAUCAGCUGGCGGUGUCGAUGGCGAUACCACUGGUGAAAACACAGAUCUCGAAUCUAAGCCAGAGCCAAAGCCUCUUACACGCUUGCAGGAACGCCUGAUUAAGAAGUUAGGGCCGUCAGCCUACCCGUUUUAUUUCGAGGUAAGCCAAUCCUUUUUAAAUGUUUCUAAGUGCUCCUUCCCUGGCUCUUCUUUCCUGCCUGCCUUUUGCUUGCCCUAUUAAGUUAGUUAUCUGGUACUUCAAGUCCUCUUCAUGAUGUUGACGGUUCGCGUUUGCUUCGUUUACUAUACUUCCAUAGCCGACGCGUUCGUGUCCUGAGCAUAUGAGUUUGCUAAAUCACUCCUUCUCCCCGACACCUCGAAAAUGAUAAUUUGCGCCACGUGGGACUUUUGGUUUCUUGUCUCGUUUUUUUUUCGCGCAGUUCUCGUUUACUGUCGUUAAUUAUUUCACCACAGUAAUCACCCUAAUGCUAAUUAGCGUGCCUAAGAUUACGAGGCCGGAAGGUGCAACAUGUAAAAGUUCAUGCUUUUUCUGCCUGUCUCCAGUCCCGGCGAACUACCAUGGUUCAGUAUGAUCUUAAAAAAUCCUGCAUGAAGUUUGAUACGCACCAUGAUAAGUAUCUACGUCCGUUUCGAUCUUUGCACUAGCGGAUUUCUUCCUACUUUGAUGAUGCGCACGUCAUUUAUAAGGUGUUAUGUUGUCCGUAGUGCCCUCAUUAAAUGUUCUCGUGAGACUGCUUUGGCGUUUUAAUGCUCUCUACCAUCAGGCUGUUAAAAUUUCGAUCAUAUGCAUAAAACCUGCGUCUCCAUUUCCUCGCCGAUAUUUUUGUGGGUGUAAAGAGACAUCCGCUCUGUUGUUGAAGCUUGUCAAUGCCGACCAUCCGGGCUGAAUGUCUUCAACAUAGUCUUUAGUCGCUGCUUGUUAUGAAUAUGCAAACUAUUAUAUCGUUUUUGUCAUCCCUCCAAAUUGCUAUUAUUGGGACCUUUAUGUACUCUUACAGUUUUUCUACUCAGUAUUCCAAGUCGCCAUUCUGACCGAAGAGUUUCUAGUCUUUUGGUUUUGACUGCUGCCAAAAACUCGAAAGGGGCCUCUUUCGUCAACAGAGUAACAUCUAGUACAAGGCCCUCAACGUCUUUAUAUGCUACUUCCCUCUACUUUGUGUGUGCAUCUAUCUGUAGUUAGCCUGCAUCCAAAUCCUCUGUUAUAACCGAUGCAUUUUAUUACCUAUUCAGUGAAUUAGAGGUUGCAUUACUGUUAUAUAGCAUUAAAUGAAAUUGAAUUAAAUGUCAGUUCCUCAUGUGUUAGGUGCUGAUACCUUAGAACUUCUGGAAGUGGUCGACCGACACCAUAGGAUUUAAAUUUCGUAAUAACUACCUACAGGAAUGCCAUACGUACUUCCACCGGUGUAUGUGGACAUUAUACUUCGAAAUGUCAGACAACCAGUAUGACCGCCUACUUUAGGGCACAUGUUAGCGACUUUGUACUGUACGUCUAACUGGAGUUGUUAAGUUUAGAUUUUCUCCGUUAUCUUCUAAGUGCAGCUGCCUACAAACUAAGCGUUCUGGACCUUGUAUGACUUGUGUGGGUCCAUCCUUUUCACAAUGGGUGCAAAAUGUCGGUGACACAUACAGAACUUUAUAGGAUUUAACGGUUUUCCAACAGUUACACACUGCGACUGUUUCUUGAGUACUUUAUUUAAAAAACGGAAUCCACCGAACUGGAACUUGUGUUAUUAGUUCCCACAGUCAGACCGCGUGUAACGUCCUGGUUGCCAGAAUUCUUCCGAUUCUAAAAUACUCAAGCCGGACGCGACUGACUACGCUAUCUGUCCUGUCAAAUGUGCUCUUCAAAAGCGACAAAAGUAAGAUUGACAGGAAUGCAAACUACCGGUACUGUAUAUACCGCAGAAUAUUCUUGCCCACUGAUAAGAGUUUAUUUGCAUCCUAGUUCAGCAUUAUAAAUAAAGAUGUAGAAGUGACAAAAUUGUCUUAGAGGCCCAGUUAUUUCAACAUUACUGGUCCAAGUCAGUGUACUCGCUGAAAUGUCUGGAGGAAAUCAGAUAUGUGUUGCAUAAGGUGCGUACAUGUUAGGGGAGACUGAAGUACUCAUGCAUUCGGAAAACUAUCGGAACUAACUCGUUGACUUCCGACGUAUCACACCUAGGUGUUUUUGGGACCGUUGUGGGGGCUUCCGCAUGCUCCGCUAUUUGAUUUUCUCUAUUUUCUAGCUUUGAAGGUGAAUGUCAUAAUAAAAUGUCAAAUUAUAUUUGUCUGAAAGCAGUUCUUAAUGGUAUUUAUGGUUCCUCCGCAUGUUACCCCAGAAAGUUUUGUACGGUGAAGGAGCAUUGGGAUCAGCAAUUUUCCAACGUCUGACAGGAGCUGUUGUACUGUCAUCUAAAUAACUAAAAAUCUACAGCCUUUACUGUAUAGGCGAAGCCCAGCACAACUUGCAUCUAAUUGACAUCUGAAUUUUCCCGCGCUACUUUUUGCAUGCUAUUUCUACGCCCUUCUGAUGUUUAUGGAAUCCCAAACAGCAUUUCAACGUUAGAAACGGGACGCAAAUAUUUCACAGUCCAUUCCUAACACUUUGUUCAGAGCCAAGUCUUUUAAGACAACUUUUUGAAUAGAACGAACGAUUAAGGCCUCUAAACCAGACAUAAACGUCGACCUAAGUUGCUUGAGGAAUAUCUUGGUUGGACAUCCCUGUGUCGCAGACCGCAGUAAUCUUUUUUCAAGUAGGGUUCCAGAUAACCUCGCCAAAUACAAUGAGCUCGCUUAAACUCUAACUAAAUGAUAUCACUGUGCGUCUGAGUAAUAGAUCGCUCUGUUAGUAUUAUUUAUUUUUGAACUUUCUUAAGUUGUCUCCACUAAAACUUAAAAACUCCCUUAACAACCCAAGGCCUUAUUUGUUAGCGCCUAAACCUAGUUUUUGCUUAAGAAACAUUACAACCCUCCUCUUAAGCUGCGUAGAAAGGAUUGAUGUUAAUGUUGUCUUCUUUUUUCGGCUUAUUUUCACCCUCUGUUUUAGGCGUAUUCGCCGUUAAGUUUUUUCCAUCAGGCAAUGACGCAAUUCCUCAGAAGAAUACUCCCUCCAGUAUUGUGUACUCCUAACGUACGACAUGGACUGACUAACUCAAUAGCGCUUUUGCAUUUCGGAACAUAGCGCCUAGUUGCCGAACAAUUUAGUAAAGCCUUUAAUUAUACGCCAAUCACCUCAAACGGGAACAUUAGCCAAAUCCUUACGAGUGCCACCGGCUUCUAAGACAGCUUGUUUGUUGUUUCCAGUUUUGUCACUAGCAUCUUCACAGUCACUGCUAGUCAGAGGCUUUCGGAUCCCGACUCUGAGGCUUGCUUUGUUGAUGUUGACUUUCGUACGAAUAUUCAGAAACUGUCAUGAACCGUCACCUUCCCUAGUCAACAUUAUACCGACAAAGCGUAAAAAUUUUGAGAUGCCACAACAGUUGCCUUAAAAAUAGUGGUGUCACUUUGCCAAGGAACCUUUUUUUCUGGAAUGUUUAACUACCUCAACUGAUCGACCUACAAAAAUUCACUGAAAUAAGACUGGCUCCUCUGCCGUCAGAUACAUAAUCCAGUAUGCACCAAAGCUAAUGAAGAAUUUGUCAGAAUUUUUCGCUGCCCCUUAGGCAAGUAGAUUGCCUCGGUGCUUACCUAGAAGCACGCUUAAAUCAAUUGAUACAUGUCAAUGUUUCGACUUUUUAAUGAGUAUCCUCGAAACCAACUACAUAAAUUUAAUUCGGAAAAGUGCUCUAGAGAUGUUCUUUCGUUUUUAUUGAUUUUUUUAUAUCUGUUUAUCGGCCAGUCUGGUAGUCACGUUUCAUAGGUGUACAUAACAAUUUAUUUAAUGCCCUCAGUUACUGUCCCCUUAAAUGUUUGCUGAAAGGGGAUAUUGUGACUUUAAGUCCAUCUACUGACAUUCGAAGCAAAUUUACGCACGCUUGCAUGCAAUGCCAAUUGGACUGCAUGGUGCUCGUAGGCUACUGCAGGGGUACAAAUACACUUUCAUACUUUGGCAGCUCCACUGGGGAAUCGGAUGAUAGCACAUUAUGCUAAUAGUAGUGUCCACCUGAAAAGGUUUGGUUAUUUAAAGCGUACUAAAAACGCGAAUUCUUCCACACUUCGAAUUAACAUGUUAAAUACAGCAUAAGUUUUGAGAAAAUGAGCAUAGGAAAAGAAGUUACCGUGCACGAUGUCAAUGAAAUGCAGUUAAGUUUAGCAACCACUGGAAAUUUAACAGAAUGAUAAGCGCAAUUAUUUAAGUAUAAAUAAAAUAGUUCCGCCAGCUACCAAGAAUACGUGAACCCAGUUGAGCAAAAACCUCUUUACUGACGAAGACUGGAGGUGCUGUAAUAAUCACUGCGGGCUUAUUUGUCGUCAUCGGUCAGAGCACUCCAGGCCGCGCGCCCAAGAGUUAGCCCGAGUUAAUUUCUUGUUAGGCAGCGCCCUCAUCACUGCAUCACGAGCUCACGCCAUGUUGUCUGUGAUCGGAGAUAUUUAGGCACAUAAGAGUGGCCUGGGCUGAUUUCUUUGAUUGGGGUCACCGACUGAUGAAGUUACCUGUGUCGUAAAUAGCUUCUUCCGUCUCCAGUCCAUAAAACCCCACCAUUAUUGGCUGCAUGACGGUGGUCCGCAGACCCUCGCCUCCAGACCAGACGUUGUAGCUGACGUCCAUGCGUGCGCGUACCAACACCUUCUGCGCACCUGCUGGUCCUGUACUAUACACGACCCGUGUUUUUGAAAACGCGACUCCCACGUGGUCAUGUGGCGCCCGCUUGCCAUACCAACGCCAGUCAAUUGCAUCACUGUUGCCUGAACCGUAUGGGAUGUUUUGCAAAUCGUUGGCAUGUAUACACAUGUGACGGGACAAGCUGAGACGUCUGUGUGGGCAAACAUGUGCUGGUGCCCCCACAACAGGCCACGCGCGAGUUGCGCUAAGCCAACACGAGUGCCGGAUCAGAGCUUGGCACUCGUUAUUGGGCUGUGCACCUAUACAUGGGUGGGCGUGAUGGAACGCCUAGACGCAGGUUUCCGCCGCGUCACCCACUUGCGUCCUAUCCGGCCUCCGACCUUGAAUGUUUUGACACUAGGCCCGGCAGGUUAAGGAAGGAGGAAGUGCAGUUGAUGCAGCGCAAGUCUGUCAAGUUCACUUUUAUUAAAGGAAAGGUAUUUCGUGCGCAAGUUGCCGUCGCCCCGUCCACCCUGCUGUGACGCACACCGUGAACAUCGAAACGAUAGCCGAACUGUCGUACAUUCAUCUGUAUUCUCAUGCUGGCUUUUUCUGCCUAUCUGCGUGAAAUUUGGUAGACGGCGACGGACUUUGUCUACUUUUUAACCUUUCAUGGGUCACAUAAUCAGACAAUGGUGGGCCAGUGGUUAAUGGCAUCAACUCACUGUUUUGCAAGUAUGCAAUGUCUGAUUGGCAGACCACGUUUCACGUACGGACAACUUUUUCAGAACUGCGAGCUCAUUUUCCUUUGCUUCACUCUGUCGGUCAAUGACUCCUUAUGAAUGUUCAUUAUUUGUUAGAUGUUGCCACCUGCAUCUUAACUCUAUACGCUCGCGAGACCCAUUAAAAAAGGUAGAGUAGUUUUUCUGCCCUCAACCAUCGGCAACCACUUUAGUCAUUGCUCAGCUAAGUACCUAAACUGCAGUAAACUCCUGGAUUAAUGUAACAGCAAAGAUAAUUCGAAUUAUCAUCAACCGAGGAAGUCAGCCUUGUGAAGGGUGAGUACAUUUCCAACGCGCGUGAGUCAAUCUGUUUCGCAUCCUUUACUCGUCUAAAAAGGCUAUUCGGUCAUUAGUCUUUGCGAAAUUGUCUAAAAUUGCCUUUCUUUUGGGUUCUGUUACCGCCUAUAUGUCUGUUUGCUACUUGUGCAGCAGUGCGACUUUGCACGCGAUUUCGUUAUUUUGCUUAUUUUUUUCUCACCUGGUAAGACUCGAUCAUACAUCCUAUUUGGACGCCUUUACUCACUUUACACAAUAUUGACUGUACUCCUACAGCUAAUUCUGACUAAACAGAUCGUGCGCUAAUGGGAUAUUUUACGGUUAAGCCUAUCCAGCGUAGUACGCAUUCUCCUGAAUCACCCCUGGAUCACCAUUGGCUGCUGAGCUGCUAUAGAUGUCAAUCUCUUGAAUCCCUACCAUCUGGUACCUUACAGAGCAAAAAACAAGUCUUGGAGCUCAAUUUUUACCCACGCGGUCAUUCCGUUUUCCGCGUUCCGGGCUCAUAAGCUUCUAUGGUCAGCGGUCAAUCAUUCCGUUAACAGGAUAGAUUUUUCACUUGUUUGGCCUAAAACAUCACCCAGUAAAACAGGGAAUUGAACAGCCUUUGGUCUCCGACGUUCGCAACUGACACUGCUUUUAUUUUUCUCGUCUUGAAAUGUAAAUCCCUAGGCUUUGAGGGAAUGGAAAUUUUAAAAUUUCACUUCCAAGCGAAAGCCCAUUUCAUGCCGAUUGCUAUCGAAUGCAUAAACUGCGCAGCCUUAAACGACCGCCUAACUUUGUAAACAUCAGAUAUGCUGUCUUAAUUAGCGCAGACUCUGCUUCGCCGUAACUGACGCAUUUGUCGUUGUUUCCAGCGCGGCGUCACCGGUAUCUCUCUUAGCGUGCACACGAUAUGACACUCAUGGACGCAGGCACACACGCACACACACUUGUUUUCCUGGCCAUGACAUUACACAUAAGGUGGAGUGAGGGCUUUGUGCCGAAUGCGAGCGGUCAUCACAUUAUUGAACGACUAACCUGCGCCCGCAUGCCUGUACGUUGAUAGUGGUGCGAAUGUCAACGCGCUCGCAAUUGAUCCUGCCAUCCAAGAAUUCGUGUUAACGUAGCACUUGUCACUCUUUUGUUAAUUCUUCUCGGUCGUCUGUUCUUACUAAAGCAAGUAAUGCGGGUGAUUUUCAAACGCACCCCCCUUUCUCUCGUAGCUCCCACAUGCAACACCCGCCUCCGUUACUCUCCAACCCGGCCCCAACGACAGCGGAAAGGUGAGCCUGUUUGUUCCUAGCCCCCUAAUUGCAGUCUGCCUUCUAACCUCCCCCUCCAGAACCGUUUUCAGGUUAUUCAGUAAGGCCGGCCGCGUUUUCUGACCUGCUGUUGCACUUAUGUGUUUGUUUCUGCCGAACACGACUACACACUUCCGUUUACAUGAAAAAAACUGGUUGUUCGUUGUUGUCAGAGGAAUAAUUUGCGCUGCGUUCGUACCGGCCGCCUGAUUGAACUGUUGCUGCUGUUGCAGUUGUAGGGUCUCGCCUAUUUUGGCACGUGUAAUAAUGGUCUCACUAGGGGGAUCAUUACGCGUGCGAAACGAACAAUAUAUCUCGAAUUUAGCGCUUUGACUGCUGGCACCUUCUCAUUGAAGACACACCUUCUUAGUUCUUUUAUUACGUGCGACCAACUUUAAAUGUACUUUCAGUUUUGGAAAAUUACGUAGAUGAGGUUGCGGUAGUCGUAUUCAUGAAACGCGACCUCACAGUCACUUCCUUCACACUAAACAAAUCUCAUAUCACUGGUGUCAGUCGGGACUAGAAAGGGUACUGAAUGCCAAUUCUGUGGAAUAAAUAGUGGAAAGUGCGUUCAUUAUGACAAUUUUGGGCGAACGUAAAUCACUAAUAAUUAUAAUCUAGAAGCAUAGAGCAACUCGUCCUCGUUAGUUUUAAUUCACACAUUUUUCGACCACUACCUACCUUCUUUCACUAGCUUAAUAGUUUUGGUUGCAAAUCUCGCGACCAUUGCAGACGCGCAUGUUCUGCAAUUCGAUUUCUGAAGUUGUAGGCCGGGUACUGUGUGCUGCGGUGGUUACUAAAGUCGCAUCCGCUGCGGUGCACUAACCGGGGGUGAGGGUUUGGGGGAAGGAGGCAUUUCAUCGGCCUCUUCCUUCCCCUCUUCAUCGUAGGCUCACAUCACUUUCUGAAGUGAGCAGUACUUGUCCUCCAAGUUACCUUCUUUCCUUGCUGACAGUAAUUAUCGCAAUAAAACGUCCGUCUCAUGGAAGGGUUGACGCUAACAAGGCCGCCAUAACUGGGCAUCUAUGGCCGUCGCCCAGCAUAAGCGAUCUCUGCGUCAAUAUUAAUCCAAUGUUAGAUAGCUUCGUCCGGAGAAGGGCUUUUGAAAUAACUGCCGAUCAAUAUAAGCGGCCGAGCCUUCGCACCUUUAAACGUGCAUUUUUCUACCGCAAAAUCUUUCGGAGCUAUUACUUACAUCGCGAAAAGUAUAUAUCAGUAGGUCGACAUUGCGUCUGUUUCAACAACCAAUCUGGUCUAUCUCUGAAUUAAAAAAAACACGCGUGACGUGAUUUCUGCAAAGCUGGCACCACCACAAUUUAAAAAAAGGCCGCACCUUUCGAAAUGUUUUUUUUUCGUAUCCAGUAUUUUUUGUCCUGCUUCGAAUCGGUCGUUAAGAUUUGGUUCGAGGUUUUCGUUCCUUGUACACCUAGAUUCCCAAACCUCGUGCCAGCUUAACUACGUGCAAGCUUAGGGUCGCAUGCGCGCUUGACCCUGUUGCCAGUGGUCGCGCGGAUAGUUUAUCAGCAGCACGGAUAAUAAGCUGACCCACUUCUUACGUAUACGUCGUCCUAGUCAGACUUAGUUAUUUAGGGAGCGCAUGUGCCAUUUUUACUUGUCCAACGACCCUAUCAGGUUACCGGAGUGGGGGCACACGUUCACUACUUUUUUAUGUCCUAGGCCUCUGUCGUCGUCGAAAGUUGUAUAGCACCAAACAACCAAUGCUCUGAAGGGAUGGGUCAACAAAAAAGGAAAGACCGGAGUGGACGAUACUAGGCUAGUUUGUCAGCUAACUUCAUCUACGAGAACAGUCAGAACGCUUAGGGAAACUACUUGGUGAACUGGGUAAUUAGUGGGACGGCAUGCGGUUUCUAGUAACUAAGGGAAUGUUGACUGAGCGAGCACUGUGGCUGUUUGACCGCCUCUGUCUGAGGACCAUCCUUCGAGUGAAGUACACCGACAUCGUCUCACAUGAGACUGUCCGAACUCACUGCGACAACUUCGCGAGAAUAUCUCGGACCAUCCAAGAAAGACGACUGGAGUAGUUUGGGUACGUUCUCCGCGUUCACCUAAUGAGCUCAGUGCUUCCUCCCUUGAUCUGGCGCUGUUGCUCACGCGGAGAUGUCAACGGGAGGUCGAAUCAUAACUUGUCUGGACACAGUUCUUCAAUACAUGAAAGUGGUUCUUAAAGCGUCGGUAUUCGGUCUCUGUCGGUGGAAAAUAGGGUAAAUUGGGCUCUCCAGACCCGCUGUGGCAGACUCUCAUACAUGGCGACAUCAUCGGGACCGACCAACGCAUUACCACAACUGUGCUGACUAUGUUAUUUCGCAUGAGGUCAGAUUAACAAAGCAGGAUGAUGCUGCUAUCAUUUGGUCUCGGUUAGCAACUCGAAGUCUCGGGCUCUCCGUCGGGCUGAUUGUCUUUAGUGAUUUCUAACCUAGGCCAGUCUGCUUUUCUUUGCAUGUCUCCAGGUGUUUGCAGUUUAUUUUUCACGCUCCUAUUACCCUUCAGCCCUGCGGUGUGGACUAUGAACUCCGGGCCUACAUAGCCGAGGAGUGUGAUGAAAAGCCUCAAACUCGGUACGUGCUCCUAUGCGUCUGAAGAUAUUACUUGUCAGAGGUCUCCAACAUCCACGUGGUUUUCUCCCGAAAGCGCAGUCUGCUCUAAGCAUGCGGCUCCUUUUUUAAAAAAAUAAUAGUGUUUUCUUUUUGAUCAAUACAGUCUGUCUCUUUUACCGAAAUCGAUCAUCCUUCAUCCAAGGCCAUCAUCUUAACUCCCUUGCCUUUCUCACCAGCAUACUGCCCCUUCUAAACCGUCGUCUCAUCUGGCGGGAAUCAAGGUUAUUAAACAGUUUGAUUUUUUCGCAUACUCAGUGUCCUCAUCUUAUUACCCAUUGUACAUUCAUUUAUAACGGAUUUCAUCAUGACCGAUUUAGCUGGCCCAGUGUUUCAGUCGACUGGCAGCAGAUUCACGAGCGAACAUGAACAAGGUGAUACGUUAGCGUCGCAAGCCGAAGGCUGUGGGGCAAGAUAUUAUCUCGAAGUCAGCUUCCACCACCCCCGACCACACCUUUAAUCGACCCUUUCGUCGCCGUCGCCGGCCGGGCGGGCGGGGUGACAGUCCGGACAAUUUCACCUCCAGGCAUAUGCGUAGGAUAUAAUGGAACUUCAGGGGGGGUGUGUGAGUGGGGGGAUAGAUGGCUGGCCUCAGAACAAGUAAGAGUUUCGCUUAAUUAGUUUCUGUGGGCGUAAACCCGGGGAAGACACCUAAUGUUACACUCGUCUUCCACUACGGUCCCGACUGCGCACGGGGUUGCGGAUUUAGCCAUGCCGAUUUAGUCAUGCAAUAAAAGGCCUAGAGUGGUUAUUGUAACAAGAACGGCAGCGAUAUAACUGCAGUCACCGUAGAGAUUGAUACAGUUUAUGUCGGUAUGCAGCUUUUUGGUGCGUUCCGUAUGAUUCCACAAACUUUAGCUUCUUUUUGCCUGCUGCGACUCGGGCCUAGUAGGUGGUUGUACUCGCGGUCUGUUUUGAACAGGCACUCAUUCACCUCAAAGUUUACAUUUCACUGAACACAUUUCCCGCACCUCCAAGCUAAUAGAAUGGUUACUAGAAUGGGCUUUUGUGUUGGAUUUAUCCACAAGAUGUUAACUUCCACGCAUAACGCCUUCGCAUGCAAUCAUGACUGAUUAUUAGACACCAAGUCUCCCUCAAGAAGUGGCUGUGGGCUUUGCGCUCUUCAUGAACCAUGCUUCUUGUCGCCGAACUUAAGGCCUUUAUGGUCUGGCCUUCCCCUGUUAACGAAUUCAAAGGCAGCCUUACGCACCAAAGGCUCCUCCCAUAUAGAAGGCGCUAAUCGGCUCAUGCAAUGGGGUUCCUCUUAAUGAAUUUCGUAUUGGUGCUGUCACUUCCCGGCCUUUUCAACUACUAAGGGAAUUUUUCACUUAGUUCUGUUAUGUCAUUAAUAUUCACCCAGGUUGUAUCAUCUGAUUUAACAGACCCGAGCUUUCCUGUGCAUUCACUAACCGGGCUUUCAGGCCUUAUGUGUGGGUAACUGGAAGUCAGUUAUAUUAGUCUACUUUUUUUUUUUUAUUACCAAGAGCAUUUUAUUUCACAAAACCCGUCCCGGUUUUAUGUUAUUUAAAUUACAUACUCGUCCCCACAAAGCUGUUUAACAGUGUAGAGACUGCAUGACGCGUAAUCGGACUGAUUAUUUCUGCAGAGGAAGCUCGGUGUGCGUGAUCCUUUUCUCUCCCCUUUAGCCAAACCUGUCAUUGUGUAGCUCUAUAGUGCUCAAUAAUAGUAAGUGGCAGGUCGUCUGGUGCGCCGCUGCUCAAAAUCGGACAGUGAUGCAUGGUAGGAAGGUAGAGCAAGUGAUCUUGAAGGCGGAAAAGCCGGCAUUUUAUUGCUGAACAGUUUUUGAAGAGGAAAAAGGCUGGCAAGAAUCUCUGUUUACCGAUGGUUGUCCAAACUUACCAAGGUGUUAUCGUUCUCUUGUCAUUAAACGAUUGCUCACGGGGCUCUAGACUGAGGUCUCAAGGUUGAACGAAAAUGUCCGUUUCCGUCUUGUUGGUAAGUUGGGUCGGCUCACGACAGUUAUUGCAGUUAUCAAAGCUGGCUCAGCCAAUAGAGCGUUCGGUUUAAUGAGCAACUGCGCCAAGCCAAAUAUCAGUUCUUACGGGGCCGGAGCAGGCGUUUGUGUCACUGAGUACGACGAAUAAACCAGAAACGACCAUAAAGGCACCACUGCCUUUGCCUGUAUUGCACCAUACUACGUGUUGGUUGUAGCGUCAUUUUUGUGGCAGGCAGACAGGACCCCCAAACCCUUGGGAAGAACAGAAAAGUGAGAUCUGAGAUGGAGUUACACUCGGUUUUUCCCCUCCCUCAACCGUUUCAACAUCCUUAAUUCCCGUAAAGAUGUAAAAAGUGUCGCCCACUGAUUCGAACGAAAUUGUUUAGGCUGAACAUCUUGCCCUGUAACUAAGGAGAUGAGCUUUUGAUGAGUGGUAUUUCUGACUUCCUACCGUACUUGCUUGUCGUUUAAGAUUUCUAACAAUAAAAAUGUCAGGUAACACAAGGUUCCUCUAGAAUAUGCUAGGAGGAAGACAAAAUGUGUGCUCCUCAGUCAUUCAUGUUUUUUCUCUUGCACACCAUACGUAACUACAAGUGCUGUUAUCCCUCGUUAUUACAAUACUGAAUAAUAGGUUUUUUGGCAUGUUGCUUUCUCACAGACCAUUUAAAACAGGUCUGCGUAAGAGCAAGCUAGAAUUUUAUGAUUUUCCAAACUUAGGGCAUUUUCGUGUUCUAUUCAUUCCUUAUGAGAUACAUCGUCAAGUACGCUUCCAAGCAUGCCACUGGUAUUUGAAAUGUACUGCUGUGUGGAAAUGCUAAUUCACAAAAGCAAUCGUCUUUUAGAAAUCUCCAGAUUUCUGCGCUUAAGUACAUUUAGUUCAAAGAUCGAUCUUUUUCCCAUUUCUAACAACUUUCCAUGUUUCCUGUUCUACAGCCAGUGACCGAUCUUAUCAAAUUUCGACUAAAAUUCUGAAAUGCGUUUUCGAUUCGGAGAGGUCACUUAAGUAGAGCUGUAAUAUUGGCUGUCUUGCGACAUAAACUCGUAAUGUUUCAAACACUCCAGGAUGUUGGAUUUUGAAUGCACUUCUUUUUGGCCGCCUGCAUAAAUCUCACUCAGUAAAAGAUGACCACUUUGGUGGUAUGCAUUUUGAUAUUGCUUUUCUUUGCCCUUUUACAUUCGUAUAUAUUCUAUAGAAAACAUGCAAAAGGGUAUACUUUACUGUGCUCAUUAGGUAGCAAAUCACUCCCUUUCCAAGUUUUGUACUCAGAGAAAUGGUAUCUUGCGGGUUUAGGAAAGUUCCUAAUUAUGGGAUUUUUAAGGCCGUGCAAUGUCCACUCAAAUAGCAUCGUAUCUGUCCGUUUUUAAAUGCUGCUUACAAAGUUUACGACAUAAUACACAUUCAUUGCAAAAUUUUAUGAGCCCUGCAUGGUAUCUUCUUAAUGGCAUAUAGGAAUGCAUGAUUUUCCUUACAUGGAAAGUAUGCAACAUGUAAGCUAAAUCCGUAAACGCGAAUGCAAAGGCAGAUUGGAUUCAAUAUUAUUCGGGAACUGAAGAGUUUCCGUAAAACCUAAGUGUACCCUUUCUUGGAGUAAAAAAUUUGAAGAAGAAGUCAUUUCAUACCAGGCAAGUGCAAGGAAGUAUAUUUUUGCGCAUGUUUUCCGCAAAAUAUAUUUGAAUUUACAGGGGCAUCUAAAGUCACUAGCGAAACUGCAUACUCCUUAAGUAAUCAUUUUUGCCGAGUGCAGUUUGUGCAGGUGGCCAAAAAGCUAACGCCUUGACGUGUCUGAAAUAUCUAGGGCUUAUUGUGCAUGAUAAUCAAUAAUACCACCUGAAUUAAGCAGUCCUCCCUAGUCGAAGACACAUUCCAUAGUUUCGACUAACAUUUAAUGAGAUGGGUCAAUGACCGAAAUGGUAUAUUUUCCAUGUCCACCUGUUACCUGUUGUCCCACUAAAUGCAGCAACAUCUAGAAGUUCAGAACUCUUAUUUUACGUCGAUCAGUUGCGGCGCACUUUAGGAAAUAAAGUAGGGCGCCCUUUAACAAACGCAAAAUACUGCAACCCCAUUUUAAAGAUCUUUGAGUAACAGACUUCUCACGUUGCCGUACCUGGAUAGUUUUACGCGCUAACGAUUGUAUUCGACAAUUUUGGUCUAAGUACUCUCUAGAACCGCCCUUCACCUAUUGUUCCAGAAUUUCUGGUAUCUUGAGAGGGCAACAUCUAACAAGAAUUACUUAUUAAGAAGAGACCUACUGGCUAAAUGGCGUAGAAGUGAAAUCAUUUGCACAAGCACGUUUUCCCUCCGUCAUCGUCCCAGGCGCUCUGUAGGACUUCGAAGCGCGAACUCAUUGCACGUUUCGGUGGAUCUCGUGUACGGUUGGAAGACGCUUUCAGUUUUUUGUCUCUAAAAGUACUCGGUUCGAGCCCAUGAACAUCUUCAGGCAGUUCUUCAGGUAACUGCAUCGCAUCCUGUUCCUGUCCUUAUGGACACCCAUCUCUGACGACGUUCCGCCAUUUGAUCUUCUUUUCAGUAUUCGUACAAUUGGAUGUGCCCCUGUCCGCCGAAAAUUGCCUCCUUCUCAAACCUACGUCAAUCUGCAGACCAACCCACGGUUACUAUCACACCAACCCUCACAUUAGUGCCCUUUUGUGUUUGCCCGAAUCGCAGAACUUUGCGCUUGUCCCUAAUCCACUCGCCCAGCGAACGCCCCCUCCCCUCACCCAGCACUUUUUGUUUUUCCUGCAGCUGAUUGUAUAGGCUUUUUGCCGUUAACGGCUUACCUUGCUACGCGUGUCGAGGAAUCUUUUCUUCACCAUCUUAGAUACUUCCCCCUCUGAACGCCGUCCAGCGUGCAUAGGAAAUCCAGGGCUUCCCUCUUUUUGCUGCUAGAUUUGCGUUUUUUCCCAACUGCUACCCAGUAGAAUGCAUGUCGGAUUCAGACCGAUUCAUGCGCGCACUCGUCUUUACUGCCUCAAACUCUCCAGAUAAUGAAUGGGAACAGAUGCUACUCUGCUUAACGUAGACGACUUGCUGUCUCACUCUCCUGCUUAGCUCUACUAGGAGACUUUUCUGCUUGCUUCUGUGCCCUAGACUUAUUGCUGUGUGCGUCAGUUUCGAUCAGAGUAACCAUGGUCUGCAACUGUCGCGUCCCAGUUGUUUUUUUAAGUGCAGCCUUGCUUUCCGAAUGCUCAAUGGGUGUGCAGGUAGAUUAUAAGCCGUUAACUUUAAUCUGCGUCGGGCAUUGCCGGUUUGCAUUUUUAAAGUUCCAUCGAUCACUCUCAAUAUUUUUGCUGGAGAUUCGAAGUCCCUCGAAAUUUAGUGAUAACCGCAUGAUUAUACCUCGCAAGGCGUUUCAAUGUCCGGCACUGUUCAGCGUAAGUGUUCUCCCCUGAAGUCGCCGGAAUUUGGCCGGGUCUCUGUUCAUAUCCGUCCACGUUAGGUUGUCAUGCCUCUUUGUGUCGGGUUUAUAUGGUUUUUGCCCGGUUCGGCCUAUUAGGUCUAGCCUAAUUAGACGUCGAAAGCCUCAGUCUCAAUUUCCGUUGCUCAUGUUAGUUUUUUUGUAGUAUAUACAUUUGCGUGGGUGUCACCUGCCAUUAAAACUUCGAAGCGAGUUCAGUUAGAAAUUCUAUCCGAGAAGGAGGCAUUUAUCUAUCUCUCCUGAACUCCACAAUUUCCCACCUUUUGUCCCACUGUUAAUCGUAUUUACCUCUCCCGUGAACUUGGUGGGCCCAUUUCCUUAUGCUCUAAACUCCAUCCAAUUCGAAAUUUCGUAUUGUAGGCUGUUAAAACUAGAUUUGCAGAUCUUAUUUCACCGCCACCAUGACAUUUAUCGUCCUAUUAGCGAGUUGUGGCAACUACAUAUCUUGUUUACGUGUGUACAUUCCGGUUGUUAUAAUGUUACGACAGGGAACUUGUGGAGGAAUCACAGGAAGGUCAUCAGGUCUUGCGAUUUGUCCACCUCCAGCUAGCUAACCUUAUUUAAGAUGCUGUUCGCUUGGGGCGCAGUCAGUUGUUGCAUAAGCAGCUGGCACUUGUGUAGAGAACACUGAUGUUCAUUUUAUUUGAGCUGCUGAUCAGCUAGAGAAAUACGCCUCCUCUUACAAUUUUUUUUCAUAUAGUUUGGACUUGAAGUAAGUUUACCAGCUGUAGGAGCGAAACUAGUACAAAAAUCCGUCUCCCUUGAAACCUGACUUAAAAUUUCUUAACCUACGCGUUUAAACCGCCACAUUCUUGACCCAUCCUGGGCCAGCUAGCUUAGAGGUAGACUUGAGUCGCUAUGGCUGCGAGAAUCCGCCCUCGCCUUAUCUUCAGGGGCUGUUAUGUUUUCUUACGGACGUAGGAGUCCACCAAACUUUCCAUUCCCAGUGUCCAAGCCGGAUGGGAGGCGCUUGUUUGUCCUAUUUAGACGUUCUUUGUUCAUUUACUGGCAAUUACGCUAUCCAUGCAAUUUAGAACCGCACCACUGCACAGGUUCUCCUUUUUGAGGCUCACGCGUGCUCUCUGUAUAAUGCUAGAUCUAUGGCUUUGAACGUUGGAGGGAGUUCAAGAAACAAACUGCCGAUUUCUACUCCCCUAGUAGUGUUCCUGCCUAGACUUUGCAAAAGUCUUUUUCUCUGUGUGGCUUUUCGCGGCAGUGAUGGCUCUCACAGUCCCCUCCCCCAUUGGACGGCACUAAUUCCGUAAAUAACCCAGCUCUCGCGCGUUUGUUUUCCAUUGCUCUGAUUACUUGCUCCCCACUCCCCGCACUGCUGUUUGUUUUUAACGAAAAUUUUUAUCCCUGUUCAUGCCUGCCCACCCCCCACCCUAUCGCAUUAGGAGUUCUGUGCGAAUGGCUAUCCGCAAGUUGACAUACGCGCCAGAGGAAUCUGCGCCCCAGCCCUCCGCCGAGGUGGUAAAGGACUUCAUAAUGAGCCCUGGAACUUUGCGGCUGGAAGUUUCUCUGGACAAGGAGGUGCUUUCACGUUUCCUACCUAUUGUUUUGAUUAAAGCAUAAAUUACGUGUAUUUCCCGCGCUGAGUCUGUAAGCUCGUAUGUAAAGACCAUGAGAAAAUCAAACAUCACGCCAUGAAGGAAAGAAAAUGAGCAAGGGAGAGAAAAUGUUUAAGUCAAGCAUAAGUGAAGGACUUCUUGUGAUAUCAAAGUUUCCGGCGACGUGUAGGGUAACCUUCUGGGCAUCGCAACAGCAUUUCCAGUCUGUAGUAUAUAAAUGCUCAGCAGUCGAACGUUCUCGAUCUGCCAUGUAUUGCCCCCCUACAAUGAGCCACCCCAGAGUUGCGCUGAACCCACAUGGAGUUCACACCAGGGCGAUACAUCGAGGGUGUGACGGCUCAGGCUGCACCACUCAUAUGAGUCCGAUUCCGCCCUCGGUCGUCUUGACCAACUUGACACCAAACCAAGGAGUGUCUGGAGGAAAGAGUGCGGAAGAUGCAGCGAAAGUCUACAAUCACUGUAAACCAAUCCACGUGCAAGUCACCGUUCCUGCUCGCACUCUGCCUUGGGGCAUACGGUGGGCAUCGUCGAAAUCGACAGUCAGAUUGCCCUCAUGUCACCAUAAGGCUGUUUGGACACGCAAGCCCAUGGGUCCAGUUACCGUUUUAACCGUCGGUAGCUGGAUCUCUGAUUCCCUAACCUUACUAGGUAUACCAUUGGAGACGUCAAAUGCGACGAUCACACUGACUGGUUUGGGAAUAUUUUUAUCGGAUGACUGGUAUUAGGGGCAAAUUGUUCCGGCUAUUGGGCUUUUUUCAGUAAUGUGGAUUGUCUCAUCGACCAAAUUCUUCCCUUUGCAAGAGUUUUCUGCCCGUAUAUUAGUCGAAUUCAUGCACAGUCAUGCAGUUGUUGAAGGGAAUGACGCGCCUGUUUCUCUUAUGGUCUGACUACUUAGCAAGAAUUAGUUGCCAAAUAUCGAUCACUGCUGGUUGUUUUGUGGCAUGCAGUCGUAUUUGUUAGGCCCUUGUGACUUAUGUACCAGGCAAUCGAGAAAUACAAGUUCUCAUACAUUUGAGUCAUAUUCAAUGCAGAGUCCUAAGUAUGACAAGUGUGUCAGUGAUUUGAAUCCGCCAUGCUUCCAGUGGUUGUGUAGUGUUGAGACAGAUGUCAGUUCAAAUUCAUCAGUGAAAAGGCUUGCCACAAGAGGUAUGUUAGGGCAGCCCACUUGAGGUCCAUUCGCCUACCGGUAGACGUGAAUUUCACAAGUAAAAAUAGCAGACAGAUCGAAACGGACAGGACAAUGGGCCCGUGACCCAGUUGUUGGAGACAUGGGCUUCUAACUAACAGGUUGCAAGUUCGAGCCCCGGAUGUUGCACACUUCGGGGUUAGGUAUGACUGGCUGACGACGGCUAAUAAGCCAGAAAUGACCAUUCCAGUCUCCCUUGUCUUUGUCGGUAAUACCAUUCUCCCAAUAACAGACUUGCGAUGUAGUCUGCAGAUUCCCAUAAGGCCACUUUAACUGACAUGAUGACGCCUGUGUUCGACUUCCGCUAUAUUUGAAGUGGAAGGAUGGAAAAAGUUAUUUUACUAAGAACCGUCGAAAAAAAAACGAUGACAUGAAAAGUGUACGUUGACUCAUCUUUCAUUAUUUGAGCCAAUUUAUUGAAGUCCUUCAUGCAGUGAAUUGCGUUCCAGUUAAAAUGUUUAACGUCCAGAAAAGAAUGCCCAGUCAAUUGUAUGUAGCAUUUCGUGUGGGAUAGGUAAAAAGCCUUGGAGGCUUGUCGUUUUCACUGACUUUCGGUAGUAAAUUUUCCAUGGGUACGCUUUGUCUUUAGUCUGAGUUGAAAAGCCAGCCGUGUCUCUAGUUUACUCUCCACCGUUUUAAUGAGUUUUUUUAGAAGGGUUCGUGACUACUGCUCAAGUAAUUUACAUGACCCCAUAGAGAGGUUUUAGGGCAUCGCAGAAUAAGUCGACUUGGGCAAAAUUGUCGUUGCGACUUUGUCAGUCGAGACGAUUGCAGUGUUAGGAAUCACUAAUAAACUUGCAUACAUUCCUUUCCUUUCGUGUUGCAAUGCCCAGAAAAGCUGCCCACCAACCUGCCGGGGACGCCUACUACCAAAAGAGUUUCUUGAGUCAUGCCUUUCAAAAGCCUUAUUUCCCUCUUAUUCACUUCCGCUACAACGUGGGUGAGGUAGGAGAGGGUGCGGUAGAUGACACGCAAGUCUUCUACCACUGUAAACUAAUUCAAGCGCAAGUCACUGUCCCUACGCCUGCCAUUCUGCGAGGCAAACGGUGGAUAUCGGCGUUCGCGACAGUCGGACUGUCGGGCUCCUCGCCAAAAGCACCUUAUCGAUUUGCUGCCUUCAUUUGCUUUGCCUCAGGCAGACCGAGUUGUGUUGACCAUUCGGCCCUAUGUAGGUCAACCUGCCCUAGCCGAACAACUUGCUUCAUUUUGUAGUUAAUCGUGGAUCUUACCUUCACAAUUCCUUUUGUAUUUAUUCGGCAUCAGUAGUUAAGUACUCCACCGUAAGCAAUGCACAAAUGUAUUCAAUCUCGGUUUUUCUCUUAACAUUCACGAAAGUGCUGUUGCCCUUCUGACCCGUGCUAUUUAUUUCUCCUUCUAGAAAUAUUACCACGGCGAAUUCAUCGCUGUGAACGUUCUUGUGGAUAACAACUCAAACAAAACUGUCAAGAAGGUCAAGGUUUCGGGUAAGCCAUUAAGGUCUACAUCGUUUGCAAUUUGCACGACCGUUAAUCUCUGUAGAGCAUAUUGUACUCAUUUGAUUUUCAGCAGUUGCAUCAAAAUUCAUGUUCAUUGACAAUAGGGGAAAAAAAAUCAACUCCCACGCACGGAUUCUUUUAGGACUCGUUAGUAACUCGUUUCCGAAGUUGUGGGGCAGUCUUAUUGACCAUCUCGAUGCAUUUAGUGGUUAGUUGAGUUACCAUUUAACAGAUAAGCUGAAACUAUCUCAUGGACUGCUUUGGUAUGCUUUACUAUUUAUGCUGUAUCUGAAGUAUACGUGACCGAUCAUGAAAGCCUGCCAGACACAUUUGGUGCCUAUUAUUGUUGAUCCGUAAGUUGUGCCAAUCCUUUUUAACUCAUGCACAUAACUUGGUCAGACAUGUUGCAGUUCAACCCUUGCGAGCGACGACGUCCACCGCAUGUCCCACAGGGUUAGGGCAGUACCGAUGACUUGCGCAUGAAUUAGUUUGCAGUGAGACAGACUUGCGAAGCUUCUAUCGCCUCCUUUCCAUCACUCACCUGACUCCGAUAGUAUGACAGUGCUAAGACGAUCGGGAGUGGGCUUGGUCCCAGUGGCCGACAAAGCUAAACAGCCCGUCUGCGCGUGCCGCCGGUCACGACCUGGCCUCCGAAAGAAAUGUACCCGGUUUUCGCAGAAUCGGGAGAGGGGGAGGAGAGGCAGGGGUGUCACUUUCGUGAGAAUGCCGUGGAGACCACGUUAAAACGGAGCCAGUGAACCUGACUCUCCGUCUUCGAGCCAGUCACCCAGUCAGACGUGUAAGGCACUCGUGGGUAUCCGGUCUUUGGGCUUCUUGCGCAGUAUAUUUGCUCAAAGGGGACUUGUCUUAACUUACCCCCCGACGGCCUUUGAGGAAUAUCUGACAGGGUUAAUGUGUAAAGGCUUGCCAGCUUCAUUUCCGGAGUUCUCUCAGGAAACAAGGCUUCCCAUAUCACACAAACUCCCCCACGUCUUCAUGUUUUUUGGAGUCUAAGGGGCUUAGUAGGCUGCCCUAGCGCUACCUUUCUUUGUUUCCAUAGGCCAGUCCAUACUCUUGAUUUUACUACAACAUACUGAAGAUUGUUAAUCACGAAGGAACGCAUUUUACAGUUCCCUUCGCUUUUGAAAACUGAAUGAUUCCACUGGACCUUCAAAAAAUGGACCAUGUAGGGUUGCUCGGAACUCCUGUCGGAAUCCCAGGCCGAUAUAUGUGAUAAUUUCAUUUUCGCCCUUAAAGGCCGUGCCUUAUCAUCCCGAGGUGAAUGAGGGGCCAGUUUCUAGUUCUUCACACAUUUAACGUCGAAUCUGAGAUAAUCCCUGCUUUGACCCUGUGGCUCGGCAGGUCAUCCUACUGAAUUCCCCUGAGAUAACUCGGUGGGGAUAUUUGCGAUUCACCCACUUCCUACUUUAUUAGAUUAAUAUUGUGGUAGUGACUGAGACGGCUGCUAAAAAGAAAACAAUAUAUAAGUAUUCGCGGAAGGUUUGGUUGGAAACUUUGAGAUUGGCAAGGUAAUAAACUUCUUGUAAACGACUAGUCGUGCGUCGUUAAGGCUACAAUGGCUGACCAGUUUUGUUAAUUUUUUUGCAAUUAUACCAUGGGGCACAUUUUCAGGAAAAUUUUUAUUGCCGUUUCCUGCUAGACAAGAAAUUCGGGAAAUGUUUUCCUGCCUACCAUGCCUCGCGGCAAAUCAUAUCUGCGCGUAUACCAGCUUUGCUUUGCUGAUUACCUUUCUGGAAUCCGUCUUGACCUUAAGUGUGCCGACUCUCCUGCCUGUUUCGGACCCUUCAACCCAGUGCAAAUGUGUCAUAAGGAUAGUACAGCCAAAAUGAGCUGGACCUAUGCAGGGCCAAAAAGCCGUGGCCAGGACCUUUUUGCCACCUCAGUCAACAUUCCAAAUCUCAUCUCUAGUCAGCCUAAUUCUGACAUUCCAUCGGUAUGGGGUGGCAGAGGGGCCAGGGUGAGACCUCUUCCAGCUAAAUUACAAUAAAUCGGACACGUCUUUUAACACACACUAUGCACUUAUAGUUGCAAAUUGGAAUAUUUCCAGCUAGAUUAGAUAACUGUGUGCUCCCCCUUAACGAGGACCAGAUUUUAAUGGCUCCUUAGUACCGUGACUAUAGCAUUUCAAACGGAUUUAAAUGAAGUUUGGCUUGUGUGGAGUGAGAUAGUAAUGUGCGUGUGUGGCGCGCGUGUUGGGGGACUUUUUACUUGGACAGCUUCUUCGCCCACGACCAUCUCCUGUCAUUUUUACUGUGCCUUGUCAUUAGAAAAUGAGGAGUAUAAGAAGAGCGAAGGUAGAGGGGCUCAUAAGUCCUCUCAUAUGAUUUCCAAUCGUCCAAGUCACUGCCGUUUCUCUCGGGGAGAGCCUUGGUCGUCGUCGUUUGCAAUGGGUGAACUAUUGCUUGUGUGAGCAACCCUCGGCCGACCGAACAUAUCGUUCUGGCUUGACUCACCGCCUUUGAUCUGCCUAAGCAGACAACGAGAGAGGGGAAAUCUGUUUCCCGGCUCCUCUCUUUGUUGGUCGAACGGUUAUAAAGCUUUGCCAUUAUUCCUUUUGGACUAGGUGCUUUUGCGUGUCCAAGCUGAUUGCAAAGCAACAGAACUUCCUUCAUCGACUCCUUUUACAGAGAAUUGGCGGCCGCAUUUUGUUAAGAGGGCAUAUUAACCCAUAUUCGUAGGCAUACUUGGACUGACGCGCCCGAUGAUCUCUGUUUCGGACUUAGACCUGGGAUCGCUGACAGCAUCCUCUGUUAGAGCCGUGUCCUUUAAUCGUAUUUGUAAGGAGGCGUCAUUCUAGCAAUCUAAGACUUCUGAAAAUACACCACUUUUAGUGUAGAAACAAGAGAACCUGUUGGUUUGUGUGAACAGCUAACCUUUUACGUAGAAACGUCUCCAGGCCACGCAAAGCUCCACUAAAAUGAGCCCAUGCCAUGAUGACCGAAUCUUUGGAAAAUUUAUAUUACAGUGACUAGCAGUCUCCAACGGCAUUUCCACUGAGGUAUAUAUUUCGAAUCUGAUGCCGUUAUGGCCCUUUUUAAGACUUUCCGUGAAUGGUUACUUUUAAUGGGGGAACGGAUUAUUUUCGGUUGAACAGAAUUCACUAAAGCGGAGGCUUUGGACGACAGAUAAUGUAGGUAGAUUGAUACAAUACUGUUACGGGCUUCCUUUGCCUUCAUUCAGCUGUGGAUCAGGAUUAUGAUUGGCUGAAUGAAGGCAGAAUAAGCUCGUAACAGUAUUGUAUCAAUCUACCUUCAUUCUUUCACGUCCUACCCAUCUGCUGUCAUAACUUUCCCAACGUCGGCCUGAUGAUUGGUUGCCUGUUCGUGACCUUUGCCGGUUUGCAUCUGCAAGCCAAUAGAUCGGUUUGUGUUCAUAAUCGACUGAAAUGUCUUUUUUUGAAGAACAGCAUUACUCUUUACAAUAAGAUUGCUCUCUUCUGUGCUUUUGGGAUAAUUCAUGGGUGUAUCACCGAAUUCGUCAAGAUCAACACGCGUCGAUCCCAAGAUUAGUCACUUUCUGAAUGCUAUACUGUUUGUCUGUCAGUUUUCUUUAUGCCCAAGAGUAGCCUGUACGGCAAAGUUCGGGAGGCUAAGUUCACUUUUUCCCUGCAUUAAGGUGUUCCCCAUUAUGCGUAUGCUCACGUCUGUGGCGGUCUUGACUUUACGUACGGAUGGUGGGCGCACAUAAUCCAACCGUACCUUCUAUAACAACAGAAGUGUUGGGACGGUAACAGGCAGAAAAUGUAUCAUGCUGCUGUUGAGCAGACUACUGGCACCAGGAGAUGUGUUUGAACUGAACCGAAACAUCUGUGCAGCCGUGCACGUGCGUCCGUGUGUGUCAAGCCUACUGUUCUAUGUGGUGGCCGUUAGUUACUGCCUACUGGAACUUUUAUCUUCAGUUCGAACUAAUUCACUCGAAUUAGCCAGAUGACAGUUGUACCAUUCACAUGGUUAUCUGGAGCAGUUGGCCAAAUUUGGGCCUGUUAGUAAAUCGAAUGGGUCUGCACGCUGUCUCUAAAUUAUUUCCUGCACACCUGGUAGGGUCAUUCAACUGAGGCGUCUGGUGCUGACCGUAUCGUCGCCCCUCACAGCCCGAAGGUGGCGAUAGGUCAGCUGGCUGUAAAACCAUCGCCAGGAGCCCUGAAAGAGCUGCUGUUGACGUCCGAGGAGGCGCUGUGCGGAAUUAAGGAAGGGCACAACUGACUGGUCAACAUAAAAACGGCCGAACAUUGAAAAUUGAUCAACUCACGAGAGGGGCGUAGAUUUAUGCCGUGGAUGAGUUCAGCUUCAGUCCGACGGAUGUCAACCUUGACGGUGAAUCGAACGGUGUCUUGUAGCCGUACCGGACGAAAUCGUUUCCAAGCAUUUUUUCACACGAUGUAUGUCUCACUCUAGAGUUAAUUCAACUGUGAUUGUCUACCAUGGGGCGAAGCUGGAGUGCAACUGAUUCAUGCAACUGGCAUGUCUUUUUAGAACCAAUCGCAUUCGUACAACGGUAUACUUUCCUUACGCCGGUGGUCCGGUUGUAUGUCCUCUUUGACCUUAACGGCCCAGCUUAAUUCCUAUUAAUAGCAUGAUGUCCGACACAGGCGAGCAUUUUCAGAAGGUAGUUUAGAAGGAGACGUGAUUACUGAAUCUUGUAUUUUAUUAACCCAAAGUUCCGGAUUCACAUUUUAACCCGUCACCAGGAACAGCAUCAGGUAAGGGUAGUGAACGCACAAGGAUUGGAUUAUCUACGGGAUGCGCAUCAGCGUUAAAGUUGCAAAGCCUUUGGCAGGCCUGGCGAGUACAGAUAAAGGGCUACUGACAAAGACAAAGUAGACCGGAGUAAACAUUAUUGGCUUGUUAGUUGUCAUCAGCCAGCCUUCUCUAAUCGCAGGUCUUUGCGGGACCUGCGGUUUGAAACCAGGUUCUUUGGUCAUCGGGCGUUAGUAGGUUCAGCACUAACCCUCGAACCACGGGCCCAUUGUCCUGUCGAUUGUGAUUAGGAAUACUACCUGUGGUAGAUGGACGCAUACCGUGUGCCUUGGAGCCCAAUGUCCAACCCCUGUAUGCAGUCGUACAGGUAUUAGUAAUAUAUGGAGAUAAGGGGCUACCGACAAACUGUAUUGUUUUACGUUAAUUAUAUCAGAAUAGGACCAAAACCUGAGGGGGGGGGGAGAUGGAAACGUCCCGGUGACUGAUGGGGAAGAGUUUGUGGGUAUGUUGCAAAACUGUUCAGUCAUCCUCAGAUCCACCGAGUUUUGCAAUUUUUACGUCACUUUAAAAUUUGCAUUUUAAGUAUUGGUUUGGUCACCUAAUAAAAAACCGAAUUUGGUCCAAAUUUAUUGGCGAAAACUCCGCCAGGUGAGGAAUGUAGCCCUGGAUGCCUAAAUUCCAAAGGUUCUACUUCGUCAGUUUCACUGCGGCAUGUCUUAUUCCUGCUGGCCUCCAUUCACCUCAAAGGAAGUGUAGAUUUUUCGAUUUAAACUUUAAGCAGUUGACUGACAGUAGGCCCUGUUUAAAGUACGUAUACAUUGAAGGGACCGCGAUGGGUCUUUAAUUAAAUUAUUUUAUUUAUAUAUUAGCCUUUAAAGCUAGGUGUUGGUCAGCUCUCUCUCUCUCUCAUCGGAUCACAAUCACUAGGUCUUUUAGUUGGUCACUUGAAUUCCAACUGCGAAUAUUUUCCCUAAUUCCCCUACUCGAAAUGCUGUGAGGACAUGGAGGCUUGCUCCCACCCCCAUGCAUGGUAGACACCACCGCUGCCUAUUGCCCGUCCGACCGGUCUGGUCGGCCGGAAUUUCUACCGGGCGCUAACACGCCCUUACGAACCAAGUUGCCCCUCUAGGGUCUUAUUUUUAACACGCACACACAAUGCGCGUGGGCUUUUGAUGGUCUGUUUGGUUCACUAAAGUGACCAGGGCCCUCAGUGUCUUGCCUGUCCUCGCAGAUGAGGAAAUUAAUGAUGAUUAGUGUCAGUAUGAGAAAUUUCGUGCCACACAGAUGUAGGCGGAAUUCGCAAGGGUAAGCCUGUCUGGGUUGUAAAGGUCAUAGAAUCAUAAAAAUCGCAUCGAACACAGCGAUAGCAGUACCGAUAGGUCCAAAGGCUGCUGGGCGAUCUCUCGAUGCAGCGGGUUUUCUCCGACUACGGGAAGCAGUUUAAGUCGCGUUUUACCAUGAAGCAACUAGUAUAAGGAAUCACUGCCUGUCUCGGAUUUUAAUUUACGGAAAAAUAGUAAUAUAUACAAAGAUCCCGGGUUCGAAUCUCAAGUGAUCCACACUUGGGGUUGAGUAUGACUGGCGGAUGACGGCUAAUAAGCCAGAAAUGGCCAUUCCGGUCUCCCUUGUCUUUGUCGGCUCCAUCUCAUCUAUGUCUACUACCAGUCGCUGUGCGACUGCCUGCGAGGGUUCUAGUAUGAGCCCCAAGGCACAACGGAAUGAGCAUGUUCCGUAACCUGAUCGGCGAGCGCCCACUGUCAUAAUAUAUACUUUCCCUGUUUGUCUUAUUUAUAAACGAAGACGCUGAGUGGAGGCCUGAACUUCACUGUCGCCUAUGUGGUGUGGGCGAAACUGGAGAAGGUUGUUGGACAGCGAUUGCAGAAAAGUGCUUAAUCUCAAAACAAACCGCCUGACAUGACCACAGAAAAGCGACGAUUUAAUGCUGAGUCUUUUGCAGUGUUUUUUCGUACAUAGCACAUCGCAGUUAGAACCUUUUGCUACAGCUUAUAAACCACGACGCAUCCACGCAUAAUGACUAAAUGUCUUCAGAACCAUUAAAUUGAGAAUUAAUUUAGACUACCAAUACAAAACAACGCACACCCAAAGAUGUUUUGCCGACAGGGGAGGCUUCAAUGGGUGCUUGUAACACGUUUAUCUUCAACAACCACUCAUUUCAGCAAAGACUUAAGCCAGACGCCCUUCCACUUGAUCUACGGUCCCAGUUUCCGUCGGUAGCUAUUGGACAGUUUAAAUUAGCAUAUAAAUGUCACUCACAAAUCUCUCCCGUUUGCACGAAAAAAAAUUUAAAAAAAACUUAUCCAAUUCUACCUGCCGCGAAACCUUUAGUCUAAGUCAAAGGCAAUGAAUCAGAACUCAUUCCUGCAUGGUCAGAGCUAGGGGUGCAAGUGGAGAGACAACGAAUUGCCAUGGCCGGCCUGGAUUUGUGCAGCCAUUUCCACCAUCACAAGUGAUGUGUUCCACCACCGUGCGACCACAGAGAGCGUCACGGUGACUUGUAUGUUAACUUGUUCACAGCGAAGUCGAUUACCACGCUGUUUACACACGCUGUGUUCUAGCGGCAAGGCAAGACAGCCGGAGAUGGGUGUAGGUUCGGUGGCCAAAGAAUCAAACAACGUGUCUGCACGUGCUACACUUGACCUGGUCCCUAAGUCGACACGCACUCGGCUUGAAUGAGUGGUUUCUAAGUUCCCAUUCGUGGGAAUGUCGCAAGCCCCCUGGCGAGGAGGGGCUUUUACAUGCUGUCGUUCACUCUAACGGAGAAUUAAAAUAUCUCGUCAACCAGGCUGUGAUUUCUGACCUGUCGUAACGCAUCCUACUUAUUAUAAUGAAGGAUGCCUUGCUAUGCCACCAGUCCUCGCACUGAUUUGCCAGUGACUUGUUCGAGCCUGUCAAUUUACCGGUGAAGAGAUUUGUCGCAGUGGCCGAUAUGGUAUAAGGUGUUCACGUAAAGCGUGCCACGCUUAUGUACGCCAGUAAUUAAGGAAGUGCGCGGACUGAACGCAGUCCGACUAACGCAUGCCGUAAGCCGACGUGACUAGUGUUUUGGCCAAACCAAACAGCACGGCGCUCCGCAUUUUGGAGUUUGGAUUUCGCCACGAGCCAGUUGUUUAUACAAUUUACUCCUGAUUCUCCGAAUGUCGUUCUUCUCCGAGUUUCACAUCUUUGGCUGCUUACAAAGUAUUAUGAUACAUUGUGCGCUUCAAGGUACUUUAACCAGCGUUCCUCCUUAAUGCCAAUGAACUUUUAACGGCUGCUGUAAAUAAAAUUGUGUGGUAAGUUUUUGCUCAAAAUAACUGCCUUACCUUCGUAUCAUAGCUGCCGAGACAGGUAGGCUGAGCAUCCAGUACUUAAAUAAGUAGAGUUUUCGUCUCUCACGUUCCCUCUGACUCUCUCACACAAAUGACAUUUUGAUCACCCCUGACGACCUUCAACACUGGUCCGCAGGAUUGGCCUCCACUAACUUGUGGGUUAAUUUUCUUAAAGUAAAGCGGACUGUCGCCGCAUUUGCUUUUCCCUUCGCGCACCCACCGUCUUCAGAUGAUAUGACACAGUCGGGGUGCCAGCGGUGGACGCCUGCAUAGUGGUCGACAAAGCCAAAAAUCCCGUCUGCGCGUUUAGCACACAAAGUCAACAUGCUCCAUAUCCUAUUCAAAAAACCCCGUAUCUCACAUAAAUGGAAAUACCAUAGAUGGCACGUCGAGCUCACUCUCACCCGCUCCCACGCAUCGUAGACCUGAUCGAGUCUGUCAUCUCUCUGGUGAUGAGAUUGGACGUAGUCGCUGACGGUGCGUGAAAUCCUCUAUCCAACUCCCUGCCGCAUACGUAAUGGUCCCCUCCUGCGAAUGACAGCACUCCAUGAGGACGCAUAAGUCAGAUGUGCACGUUCUCGCGACCAAAUUUUAGUAGUCUUAACGACGUUGGGAAAUUGCGUCCCAUUAUGAUAUCUGACGUUUACUCUCAUAAGGCCAAUGGGGCUCAUGCGUAGCAGUACUGCACUCAUGCGUGCUUGCAGAUAAAAGCGAUAUAAUAGUAUCCAAACGGUGACACCUUACUGCGCCUUUCAUGUAUGCACGUUUGACUGAAUAAUCUCUUGAAAUAGCUGAGUCUUCCUGUGUAGUAUGGGUAAGUAGAGCAGGCCUGGCGGUUGUUGGUUGGGGCUCUAGGUACCGGCUCUCCGGUCUCACUGCGUUUUAAAUGACUGUGAAACUGGUAGUGUUUUAUGUUGUAGGAGGUAGUCUGGUCGUGUUAGCAUUGCGGUACAGCCAAAGGUUCCGAAUGAAGCCAAUUCGUACCCCAAAUAUCAUUUGACUUUGUAAGCAUGUUGGCAGGCUUUGGAUGUUCACCACAUUUGCCCGAGACAUUCGUGUCCUGCGUUUCUCCGCUAUUCAAGUGGCCUCGAAUAUCGCUGCCGCAGUUCCCGAGACAGUGUACAAAGCUUGCUGGCGUGACGAUUCUAGAUUCGGUUUUGCAGCUUUCCGAAGCCCUAGCCUACUCUGGAGAUCCGAUUCGCUAUGUCAUCUCUAUGGACUUUCAUGUUGUGGUUAUCCAUGAUCUUUUGGAAGGAAGUCCUUGCUCCAGUCGGCAUGGUGAUGAAACUGAUAAAUGGGAGCAGCGUGUGUGAACCAAGCUCUCUCAACACAAAUCGGCCGUGGUGUUUGCGCCUCUGCGCGCACGUAUCAAGUCCGCACGCGUCCAGUUACUCCGUCGUCGACGGUUGACUACCUAACAAAUGUAGCUGGCAUAACUCACAAAACCUUUUUCCACUACAUCUACAACUCGCAAAGGAUAGAUCAGGCGUUAGAUAACGCAACUGCUAGACCCAGGCUCAUGUUCUGCCGUUUGUCACGAUCGCACGGGUGUGCUUGUCUCUGUUUUUCACCACCCGCUGAGAGUCCGACUAAUCGUUGAUGCGCGCUGGAUACCCAUUUUUAUUUGUUUGCAUAGUGUCUCAUGUCUGUAGUAAACGAGGACGUUCACUGCUUGCUUCCUACAUUUAAAGUCAGAUGAACCUUUUGAGAUUUUACUGAAUGUAUGCAUGGCAAUUCAAUAUCCGUUUGAAGCGGACUUGGCGUGCGAACGCCGCAGACUUGUUCGUUCGAAGGGUACCCGAACUAUGGUUUGUGUCAUGUUGCUCAUCUACUUUUAUGAUAACCCACUGUGACGCAUCCUAUGUUCCUAAUGUAUGUCGAGAUACGCGAGAAAGGCAAGUCCUUUAGCGAGUAUAUGACUUUGGAAAUCAAUAACGUGACCUUGGCUUGUGCAAAUCUUCGCGAAGCCGCCUACCUGCCUAGGGAAAUAAUUGCUCGCAGGCACGUUGGCAUGCACCGUUGACGGUCAGGGCAUUUUGCAGCGGUCACUAAUGCCCAUAACUAAUUUCCUAUUCAUAUUCAUAUUGACCCAACUGUGAAAAACUUGGCGCCUCGGUGGGAUUCGAACCCACGCAGUAAGGCGAAGGCUUUAGCGCAGCCAACGCUCUAACCACCUGAGCUACGAGGCCCCGCCGGACGACGCGAGUUUAAUCACAUUUGUUCAUCUUCACUGUUCCCACUUUCCUCACUCAUGACUCAUCGCCAGCAUCGUACGACAGGCAUGGAGAGUAAUCACCAGGACACUGUCCCAAUUCACCUCUGGCCUUUAUGCGGCUAAUGAAGGGCAAACCUCUCUGCCAGGCUUGUAGGUAAAGCUGACCUCUGUCCCAGACAAUCAACCCCUUCCAAUUACACUAGAACGUCCGGAAAGUUUGUUAAGAACAGGACCACGUACUUUGUUCCUCCUAAUUAGCCAGCUCGUAAAUAAGAGGCUUCGUCAGAAUGCACAGGCUUCUGGUAAAUCUAAGCUAGUAUUGGGAUGUUGUUCACCAAUCUGGUUUGCGAAUGGCAUUUCGAUCCCCGUUGCAGCGCGUGAGACGUCGAAUACAGUAACACACACCUUACCUAAGUGGGGAGCAUGUCACCCCGUGUGGGCUGAUUCAUGAGUACGUCACGCGUUACGGGCUAUUCAGCCUCGGCAGCCACUGUAUCCAAUUCCAUUAUCAGUUGUUCUGCAGACUAGAACAGUAGACCAGUGCAUGGGAGAGAGAGGCCGACACUGCUGAAUUCCUGUUAACUGCACUUCAGUGUACUUCUAACAAUAACAAAUCCAACGCGCUUGGAUUUAUAACGACGCGCUAUCAAUGCCGUCACGGAAGAUUGCUAACUGACGGUCCUUUUGAGACUUGGAGGGCUUCUUCAUGCGGCCUUUAUGGGAUUCUCACUGGUGCAAGGUGCGAAUCCUCCUUCUGUCAGCACGUUAUAUAUAGUAGUGACAAGGCGUUGUGUGUCACGUGCAGCGGGUUGUUCGACUUUGCCAGGCACUGUGCCCGAGUCAUCCUCUGAUCGUUUUGACAUUGCCUUGUCACCUAAGCCCGGCGGGUGAUGGGCGAGGGCAGUAGAUUCUGUGCAAGUCAGCCUCGAUAUAAUAAUUCAGACGCAACUUACCCCCCCCCUCCCUGUUUCCACUUCGUAGAGGACACGAUGGACGUCGUUCUGCGCGUCAAUCGAGCUGUCGUUAUAAUUCUCGAUUUUCGUAAUGUCCGUGCAGUAUCUUCUGUGGCAGUUUCACGGUCGCAGCUAAUAACAGCGUGCAUCGGCAGCAUCUAACGCGCAAACGAAUUCGGCUUUUGAGAUUGUUGUCCGCCACAUCUUGUUUCUCAGAUUCAGUCUCACGGGACAAUAUAGUGCGCUAGCCUUGCUUGACCGCUUUUGGGUUUUCUCUUGCGGCAUAGCUGUUUGAAUGCGUUCGUCCGUGUCGUUUUCACUCCGUGUUUCAGUUGAGCAUUCCGGAAUUGGCAGCGUUUUCUUUUACGACUUCUUUCCUGGCUAAUAUUCUGAUUUUUCAUCCCCUUGGUUCUUUCUUAUCGUACCAACUUAUAUCUAUUGAUGUCGCACAAUAGCUCCUUUAGCAGCCGACGUUGGGAUUUUCGCCCUCAGGGAGACCUGUGGUCUUAAAUGCAGCCUCUAUCUGGCCCCUGAAGUUGGGAAAAAUGUAUAAAUAUUUUAGUUGAACGCACGUGUUAACUCAUGAAAUGUUAGCCGGAAUUCUGAAACGCGUUUUCCAUUCAAAAAGACUACGUAAAUUGGGUUGUAAUAUUAAUAACCAUGUAGCGUAAAUCCCAUGAUAAUUCAGUUACUUCAGGAUGCUGGCUUUCAAACAAACUUCUUUUCGGCCGCCUUCAGAAAUUAGACUGAACAAAAAUGGCUGCUUAACUAGCAGGGAAGUUUCUCGUAGAUUUUCGGUGCCCUUAUAAAUUUUAAGUAAAUUUCAUGGAAAACAUGCAUAAAAAUAUGCACUCUUUUACUCACUUGGUAGAAACUUACAUCUUCAAAUUUUGUGUUUGAAGGGAGAAUGUAGUUCGGUUUUAAUGCAGUUUCUGAUUAUACGGUUUUCUAAGACCGUGAUAUGCUGACUCAUAAAACUUCGUGUCUCUGCAUUUACUGGUGCUGCUUGUAAAGUUUGCAAUAUGCUCAAAUCCAUGGAUAAAUUUUACGAGUCCCUAUACGGUCUCCGCUUAACAACUCAGAGAAAUGUGUGAUUACCCGUACACAGAAAAUAUACUGCUUGUAGUUUGGAAACUCUGCAUGUAUGCGUAAAGGCAAGUCGGGUUCAAAAUUAUUCACGAAUCAAAAUAGUCUUUUAAAAUUGAAUUAUAUCCUUCUCUCAAGUAUGAAAUUCGGAGAAGACUUAAUUAUCUACCAAGUGACUAAAAGGGUGAAUAUUUUAUGCAUGUUUUCUAUUUCAACUUAUAUGGGCAUCGAAAAUCAAUGAAAAAGUUGUGUACUACUUACGUAACCAUUUUUGCUCAGUCUCAUUCCUGCAGGCGGCCAAAAGGGAAGUUGUCUCGAAAGCCAGAAUCCUGAAGUAACUCAUGGGAUUUAUGCUGCACGGUUAUUAAUAUUACAACUGUACGUAAGUAGUCUUUUUCAGUGCAAAACGCAUUUCAGAAGUUCGGUUAACAUUUCAUGAAUUAAUACAUCAACUGUAUAUUAACGGCAGUGGGUUUUGCUGCUUAUCUGCCGUGGUUGCUUAUAGCAUGCGUAAUAAAGGCCACACCAAGUGGUGUAUAUUGUGAAAUGUUAAACGCAGUUCCGAAAUAUGUUUCGGAUUACGAAGGAUUACUUGGUGGGAGUGUAAUAUUGAUUAUAAUCCAGCACAGUUUUAAGAAUGCCGGUCUUCGCAUGUGCCUUUCUGUCAUGAAGGAGUUUGUUGGCCUGACGUUUCAAAUUCUCGCUCGAACCCAUCGUCAGAGACAGUCACUGAUGAUGGGUUCGAAUGAGAAUCCGAAAAGCCAGUCCAAUAAGCUCCCUGUUUCAGUGGUCGCAUUUCUUCUUCCUCUUCUGAACUGCUUUCUGGAACUUGCCAGUUCGUUUCUAUCGACCUUUCUGUCUGCCUGCAAAAACCACGUAGGAGCAUGUAGCAUGUAUUCUCUCAUUGAUUUUCGAUGCCCUUACAAACAUAAAUAUAUAUUAUAGGAAGCACGCAAAAAAUAUUCCCUCUCGUAUCCAUUGUGUAGUUCUUUACGUCCUCAGUAAAUUUUAAAUUCAAAGAAGAAGUGGUUUUCACUCUCACCGUAACUUGCGAUGAUGAGAUUUUUAAGACCAUUAACUAUCGAUUCAAAUAUAAUCGUGCCAUGUUAUUACCGACAAAGACAAGGGAGACUGGGAUGGCCAUUUCUGGCUUAUUAGCCGUCGUCAGCCAGUCACGCUCGUAGAAACGAUCGGUGAGCGCCCCCUACCAUUAUAAUCGUACUGCUCUGUUCAUUAAUACUCGUCGCGAAAUUCUCAACAGUGUCCACGUCAGUUGCAAAAUUUUUUAACUGUCUCUGGUGUCCUCUUGACAUGAUAGUUCCACCGUCGUGACCGACGAUGUCCUCCGUGUGCUUUACAUCAGAGUGAGAGUAGGGAUGAUAACUUACGCAUGGCUUCUUUUAUUGUGAUGGUAGAUUUGUGCCGCAUCUACCGCAUCCUCUUCCCCUCCCCCACCUAGAACCGGUGUCAAGAAAGAGUCAGGAAAACCAGAGGCGGGCCAGGGCGCACGCGGUCUGCAUGGCAAGGACGCUCACCUUGGCGUACCCCUACCCCUCCUCUUCUAUAUCGUACUCCGACCAGGUUUUUAUACGAUAGCGCAGCGGAAUUUAUUUAUAACAGAGAAUAGUGCACGAGUUUUCUUAAAUUGAAAGUUUUCAGCGUAUAGUUUGGAAGCAUAAGUUCAGCGACAAGGUCGGGUUCCAAUUAUCCGGGAAUUGAAAACUUGAGACCGGGGAUACUUUCUUCUGAGUAUAAAACUGUAGAUGGCGUAAUAUACUACCAGUCGAAUGCAAGAAAGGAUAUUUUUGUGGGUUUUUUCUACGAGACAUAUUUGGAUUUGCAAUGUUAUCCAAGCUUAAUGGAGUAUUCAUACUAUUUGAGUAAACAUUUUCUGCCAUAUAUGCUUUUUGCAGGCGACCGGAAAGGUGCGCAUUCAAAAGCCGGCCUCUUGGCGUGACCGAAAUAUCUAGGUAUUAUACUACCUGAGUGAUGCUUUAUAGACGAAAACGCAUUUCGAAAUUUACGCCAACAUUUCACCAGGUACGAAACCUAUGGAAAUUGCUGAAAUUGGCUCUCACUAUCGAGAAGGAGCCGUAGGAAAGCUGAUUAGGAGAUCAGAUGCCCUUCUAUCACCCACUACCACCGAUCCACGUGAAACUGCUACGGUGGGCACCACACAGUCUUUGAGGAUGAAAACCUAAUCAGUAUUUCACCUGUCAAGAAGGCCGUAUUGGCGGAAACGAGGUCCCAGGUUCACUAUCCAGCUUUCUGGAAGUCAGCGUUCUCGUAACGGGUUGGGGCGGGUCUACUAACAAUUGCAACGGCCUGCCGAUUUUGACACGAUAUAGAUGAGCGAUAUAUUACUUCCACAACGGCUCGUUACUGGACACCAAAGCUGUCACAUUAGGCAGCUAGCUUACCCUGUGUGAUACUUUUCACUCCACGCUAUUUUGCAGCAGGUUAUGUGUGUCUGAGCAGGUAGAUGACUGGGAGAGGGCACGAUCUGGACUGUCUCCGUCUUGUGUCUACCGCAGAUGCCAUGUUUCAAACAACCGACGCAUCCAAAUGUUGCUUUUCACCUUGCUCUGCGUUAUUCAACGGCGCCUCAGCUGUCUUUUCGUGGUAUAAGUUACUCAAAGUCGGUUGUUCAGCAUGACUAUUAAAUCGGUCCGUGGAACAGGUUGUCUUAUAAAGUCCUUAGCCUGCUUUCGGUUUCUUCGAGGAUUCGCAUUCGAUUUCUUGCCUAAAAUGGCGACCUUGCGCACGACAAGAUCAUUUUCUGUUGUUACUUUCUUAACAUUAAUAUUGCUUUGGAUGGGACUAGGUUUUUCCCUUUGUCAUCCAUGUCGAUUUUUCUCGUGAUAGUUUUUUUGGUAUUAACAUCAACAACCUAUUCUUACGUUCUGUUACUUUACUCCUACCAGUUAUGCAAGUUGCGGACAUUAUGCUCUUCAGUCGGGCCGUGUACAAGUGCACCGUUGACGAAGCAGAAUAUGAGUAAGUUCCUUACAUCCCUUUUUGACUUUGUUCACGAUCGCAUUGUCUGUUGUGGAGAUUAUUGCUUCCAGAUGGGGUCGGUUGGUGGGGUGUGGGGGCCACCAACCCGGUCCUAUCUUUAUUUGUUAAGUUUUUAGCCUGCACGUCCGCUUCUCCUCUCUCUCUCUCUCUCUCUCUCUCUCUCUCUCUCUCUCUCUCUCUCUCUCUCUCUCUCUCUCUCUCUCGUUCUUUCCCUUUUUCCUGCUCUAUCUUCCCGAAGGACCCGUUCCCUUUGAUGAUAUCAGGAAAUUUUCACCGGUUUAGUUUUCUGGCAAUUCAGCAUAACCGAAAUAAGUGAAAAUGCAAGUUCCAGGCAUCAGUUAAGGAGAAUCCAUUGCCAGAAUGAUUCUAAUUUCCCAUUCACGUCAGAACCCACCAUCGGAGUUAGUUACAGCGGUUGCGAGCUCACAGGGUUUGCAAUAUUCAUAGGGUGCAUGCCUAUAAAAGUUUGUGGCUCCCGCAUUCGUCGCAGAUGGUUGCACUUGGUGCAAUAAAUGCCUGCUUUCCCGAAUCCUAGUCGCUCAUUACCCUUGGUUCAUCAUUUUUUUACUUAUUGAUAUGAUAUCUGAGUUGUAAUUUGGCUCACCGCCAUUGACACUCGAAGGAAUGUCCUCCCCCUUGGCUAAUUACUCUGUGCAGCCAAGGUUUGAGGACUGAGCGUGGGGGGGGGGGUGGAGGAUGCACGUUACUGUGCUUGUUGCCGGACUGUGGGUCAAAAAACAAUGAUGUAACCAGCUUGUGGCUCACGCGAUUGUCAUUUUGCACCAGAAUUUCGGCCUCUUCCACCUUGAAGGUGUGGCGUGUGUGGUCCUGGCGAAUGAGUUGUGACGCAUCUUCCCAGGCGCAGUUGCCUAUUUCGCUUGUUAUUAUCUCGUGCCAAGAAAUGACGAUGGUCGGCUGGAAAAAUGUCGGGCGAUAUGAGUAGCGGGAUGGGGUAGAAUUUUUCAUCCUGACUUACAGUUUUCUUCACAGAAGAGUUUUGCAGCGUGAGGUCUCACAUUAUUCGGCAUGAAUAGCACCUGUUUUGGACUAAGUAUUCCGGACUGCUUUCAAGCUAACGCGACUCAUUCACGUUGCAGUUGCAUAGAGUAAAUCUAAGUCGUAAUUGUAUGGUCUUCGUCGAGAGGCACGUAAUCGGCCUUAGCGGCAUCAUUCGGCACUGUACAAAUAGUAAUCUUCUGGAGUGAUCAUGCAUUAACCGUCACCGAACGCUGAAUACAACACUUUUUGGAUCACUGUCGACGGCAAUCCACUCCAAAACGUGGAUAACUUCGCCUAUCGAAGAAGCAAACUCUCACGCAACGCAAACAUUGACAAUGAGGUUGCCCGUUGGCUCCUCAAACGCAGCCAGGCCCUCUGCCGGCUUCAAGCCUCCGUGUGCAACCGCCACGGCCUUCAACUAAACAUCAAACUGCAGAUGUAAAAAACCGUCGUCAUGGCGACACUCCUAUAUGGAGCGGAGACUUGGGCCGUCUACGCAGGUCAUGCCAGGAAGUUCAGCCACUUCCAUCUCUGCCGCCUUCGCAGAAUACUAUAGCCGAGAUGAGCAGACAGGAUCCCCGACACGGAAGCCGGAAUCCUCUGUAUUCACACCGUCUCGUGAGGAUGGAAGAUACGCGUCUACCGAAACAGCUCUUCUAUGCAAAUGUCGCAACGGGUACACGUCGACAAGGAGGACCAAGACGUCGCUACAAGGACACUUUGAAGAAAUCUCUGAAUAGAUUGCAGAUCAACUCGGUGAACCCCGCCUAGAACAGACUGGUCUGGAGAAAAGAAGUGAAGACCGGCGCUGUCAUCUACGAAGCAAAUCGGACCGCCACCGCCAAAGCCAAACGGAAGGCUCGCAAGUCACAAAUACCUCGACUACUCAGUGCCAAUUAUCCGCUGCUUCCAAUACGCCCCCCGCUGCUAGCGCACGAAUCGACCUUGUAGGGCACCUUCGGACGCACUGUACCAAAAACCUAGCAACGUCAACCUCUCCCCCAAUCGUCCCUACCACAAACCUCGCGACGACGACCACCCCCUGGGUAUACAGGCCGUGUGCAUGGUUGUCCAGGCACUUGUGUCAUCUGUUUUUCUUGUUGGUUAAAAUUCUGGUCAAGUGUUUGUUGUGGACCAGGGGGUGUAGUGGUACACCUAGGUGCAGGUCUGGCCGUGCCAACCACCUGCGCACUUCCUCCCCUCAGGUCUUGUCGACUGUGUCUCAACACCGGAUCCGGGUGGGCAAGGAGGAUAGAGAGUAUUAGACGCAGCGCAAGUUCUACAUUCACGGCAGACUAAUUCACGCGCAAGUCACCGUGUCUGCCUCAGCUUGCUGUGGAGCACACAGUUGACAUCGUUGGCACAACUGUCAGAGGACCAAUAUUUCAUCACAUGCAAACAAUCUAUUUUACAAUUAUGCGUUUGAAGAGCAUAAUAGAUUUUCGGUCUUUCAUGUAUCUCUUUCUAUGGUAAUGUUUGUGGGGCUGCUGUGCCUAACCUCCGUGGUUUUCUCACUUGAUAGAAGUAUAAAAGUCUUGUUUUAUCACCCAUUUUACACAUUUUGGAGGCUGCUUGACUGCUUAAUUUUGAGUUAUUUCACCGGUGUCUCGUGACUCUUUUGUUCUUCAAUAACUGAGAAUUCUUCUUGUGUUUGGUGCGUCUUCGAGACCUUUCUCGCCACAAGAAAAAUAUCCUAAGCCGCUUUUGUGCAGCUACAUCUUUAAGCACAUCCUCCCCCUUCCACAGCCCGUGACCCAAUGUUAAAUUAUUGAGGCAACUGUAGUUAAAUUUCAUUAGGCUUAAUGGACAUUUUAAGAAAGAAAUAAAAUCCCAAGCUAGGGGCUGCUACCAUGACAAUGUGCCUCAGUUAACUGACGCAUAUCAGGUGCUUUAUGAUACGAACGGGUAUACGAACAAUAAGACAAAAGAAGGCGUUACAUAGAACUCCAAUGAAAGCUGCACGAGCACUUUUGUCCACCAGAGGGCAAUGCCGCCCCCGCCAUUAUGCACAACUCAACGACAAUUUAGUGUUUUCCUCACUCGAACAGUUAACUUGAUUUGAACGGCUGUCACUUUCCACAAUCCAGAGAACCUUUUUCUUUUAUCCCUAGUAUGCUGUGCACUUUAUGCUAAACGGACCUUUUUCCUCUGUCCAGCACAGAGCCACAGAGCUCCCAGAGCUAUUCACAGUCUAAGUACUUUUUUACUUUGCCCGACUGAUGUUUCCUAGCCAGAACUGUAAAAAACAGGCCGCUACUGGAGUGACCAGCGCCGGCUGUACAGGAAGUCCGGGAAGGUUGACGACGGCAAAUAAGUCGACGAUAGCCAUUCUAAUCUCGACCAUUGAUUUCUCACUAUGUUUUCGCCGGGGCAAAAACUGAACGACCGUAUUCUGUCCUGAAGUAACGUCAAAUCAAUGGGACGUUUUGUCCAUCCCAUCUUCUCAAGAUAUGUAUAUCAGGGUGUUGGAGAUGGAAACGCUCGGGACGUUCUACUGUUUUCUUACUUAUUUCCCUCCUUCAGUCAAUGGUCUAUCGCAGUUUAUCCUUGCUCGGAGUUUCCGAUCAGAGGGUGUCGUGUGAGAACGGUCGAGACAACUUGACAGACGCCGCUUCCAUACGAUACCUGAUUUUGCUUAUAUCUGUGGAGCACAUGUGGUUUUGUCCCAUUUAAUGUGAGAGAACAAUCUUUGGAGUCAGUGCUUUUUAUGACAGACGGGGUUUGAUUCCUCCUUGCCCCCACGCCAUUUCGCUGCUAUCUGCCCGAGAUUUACGCAAAACAUGCAAUCUAUCCAUAUGUCUCACUGCCGCGUAGGUGUUGUAAUUCCAAUGUAACCAUUACGUCGGCCAGACAUGCUUAGCCCUUUGCUCUAAAUUUGGAAAAUCAUUCUUGCUAACUAUGACCCCCCUCUUGUCGCCAAGGCUAUUUUAUUGCUACACACAUUUGUCCACGGUCGCCAGACCCUCGGCGAGGACAGGACAGUUAUAUGGGCUCGUAAUUUUUCAGUUAUGUAUCCUAAUAUCUGGCGGCUGAGUCCUUCACUUCCCUUCCACAGUCUGUCUACCUCACUAUCCCCCAUCCCCACGUGUUUCGGCUGCUCACCGUCUCCGCCGUUUAUUACUCCUUAUGCGUACGUACUCGCGCACUCAUUAACACAGUCCUGUGUCCACCUUUCCCUGCCUGCCCUUCGAAGCAGGUGUUUUCUACAGGCAUUCCUACAUGCGAAUAAAUCGUGGGCGUUCAAACAGCAAUCAAUAUUUUUCUCAGAUGUAACCUGCGAAUAGUCAAACAUUCCCUUGGCAGGUGAACAAACAUCUGCACAGUCAGUUAAAUAAAUAGCUGCUCAUCAUGUGACUUGGACAAACACAGGGGCUAGAUGGGAAUCCGGCAGGCGUUAUCGAGAAUGUUCACCCACGACAAAUGUCUGCAUUCAGGGUGUGUCGGAAGGCCUGAUUGCAGGCGCACGCCGCGCCAAUUGAGAUCUGAGCUGUCCCCUUUUUGGUGUAAGAUCUUGCUUAGUGUAGGUUGCGGAUCCGGGGAUGUGGUAGUACACCUAGGUGUGGGUUUUCGCCGUUCCAGCCACUUACGUCCUCUCCCCCCUCCGGUCUUCUUGACUCUGUCAUGACACUGGGCCCAGGUGGGAGAGGAGGGGAGAAUGCUGCAAAUGCGGUUUAAGUCUACUAUCGCUAUAAACUAACUCAUGCGCAAGUCACCAUCCAUGCUCUCACCCUGCUGUGGAGCACACGGUGCCCCGAUUUCCCUUACCACGUGACUAGAAUCAUUUAUUUUCCACUUAGCAGCGCCUCGGCUGCGCCUACUAAAGUACAACCUCAUUAAAAAUCGGAGGUUUAAAAUUCAGAACUGAUCUGAUUUCGAAAGUUUACACGAGUGCAACCGAUGUUCAAUGAAUGCUUGCCUUCAAACUUCGUGUCCUCAGUUUACUCUUGCCACGCAAAGUUCGUGUUUUUGUUCUUUUUUUGUCCAUCUCAUAACUGACGUUCAAGUAGGUUUGUUGAGUCACUACGUAUCCUCUGUCGACUCGGCGCCUCUCCUCACAGUAUUGGCGUCCGUCUGUUUCAUUCUGCCCAAUCUGAAGUCCAGCGGGAUGGGAAUAUUGUGUUCUCGGUCCGUGUUACGAGGACGAGCACCAGUAUGUGAAAGUACUUUUUAACCUCACAGCCGCCUACCCCCAGUUAGCCGUUUCCACAGUGAGCGCUUUCGUUCGGUGAUGCAGACGGCCUGUUCCAUUGCAGCAGUGAAUGGUACUCUCUGCCAGUCCGUUCCCUUUGCUGUCCGCUGUAGGAUUUUUGAGUAAUGUGCUGUUUAGCUUCUUACUGGAAAGAAAAUUGUUAGCAUGGACAGCCCUGUUUGGAGUACACGUGAGUAAAUUAUGGAGAACUUUACACCUUGUAAAGAUUUCUCUCAAACUAAUUUUAAUUCCAAAAUCUCGUCCCAUUUUCUUCUCAUUGAUCCGCUUUUGUUAUUACUGUUAGCUCAGCUGGAGCACAGAUGAACACCACAUAUCGAUGCCAUUUGUGAAUAGAUAUUCCCUUCUUCCCCAGAUUCAGUCACGAUUUUCCAAUCCCAUGAAACAAUUACUCACAGCGGUUCAUCCUAACUGCUGUCUGUUGCACACCUUUCUUCUCAUUACCAGCGAGGGCCUGCCAAUUCUGCCGAGCCAAACUGGUUGGUGCAAAGUGUACCAUAUGUGCCCACUCCUCUCAAACAAUCGGGAGAAACGUGGCCUCGCUCUGGAUGGAAAACUCAAGAAUGAAGACACCAAUCUGGCCUCCUCCACGAUGUGCGUCCCAUUUGCCCUCUUCUCUGUCUCAAUGCCCCUUGCCCUCUCCUCCUCCUCCUCCUCCUCCUCCUCCUCCUUGCCUUUCCCAUUCAGGAUCGCCUAAUUGCUUAAGGCAAACGUCAUGUUUUUGGGGGAGUUAGGAUGGGCGGUGGGUUCUUCGUAGUCUAAAAAGCAUUCUUUCGUCCUCUUAUCGCUUUAUUGUCUUCCUUGGUAACACGAUAGUUGGAGAGUAUGUUGGGAUUGCGUUCACCAAUGGGGUGACCGGGACAUAGUCGUCCCGUUUUGCUUUGAGGCGCAAUCUAGCACCCACAAGGACAGUCACUUGGGUUGGGUAUGACUGGCUGACGACGAUUACUAAGCCAGAAAUGUCCAUUCCAAUCUACAUCUAUUCAUGGUCGCCAUGCGACUGCCUUUGUAGACUCCAAAUCGAGCCUCAAGCGCAGUGGAACGCUCAAAUACCGUAGUUCCGUUGCCAACGUAGUUGGUGUUUGCGAUCGCACAGACAGACCAUGGGGUCCGUGGCUCAAUGAUAAAGCUUCCGACCCGAUAACCAAGGAUCUCACGUUUGAAUCGCAAGUGUUUCAGAUAAGGACUGCGCACGGCUGGCUGAUGACGGGUAGCAAUCUAGAAAUCUUGUCUUUGGUCGGUAUUCCUUUUAAUUUCGAUAGUCUAGGCUGUGACAGUCCUGCCCAAAUACUUUUCCUUAAAUUCCCCUCGUAUGAUGUGAGAAUACUGCAACGUAUGUUAAUCUGUGCAACGCCCCCACACCGUUAAUGUGAGUGCAAUACUCUUAUUCUGCUAGAACCGUAGGCAGUGACCCUGUAGAUUCGGAAGGACAGGGGUCAUCCUCAUAGCGAAACUCUAACUGACAGUAUUUUUUAGAACUUUUUCACUUGUUUUUUUUUUGUAUUUGUCUGCUCUUUCUGACCAUUCCAUUUCGUCUGUCCGCGAUAGCGAGCUGGGUUGGCAGAAUAUGUCGCUGAGGAUUGUGGGAUUUGCGUCUGAACAAUUCAAAAGUUACUCCUCGUUUUGCAUGCAAAAGCCCUCAUUUAUCUUGACACAUUCGCAAUCCGCAUACGCGAAAAAAAAUUUGGCUUUCCCACACCUAUGAAUGGAAUAGGGAAUUGAAAUGGGCCCUCCUUUCGUAUCUUAAGACGAACCUUUUCGCACGGCGGUUUGAACAGACAUUUAGUUUAUGCAUCCCACAGCCACGCAAAAUAUGGCAGCAUUACGUGGAUGACAUUUGUCAUGCCGAAGACUCGACAGUCUGACUACCCAACUCCCACAAAAUUCUCCUAGCCUCACCAUUUACCCCACUCGUGGCCAUGGGUAGAAUUCACAAAAACUUGCAUCCUUUGAUGGCCUGCCGCACAGAGCUCACGUUGUUGUGGGAAUACGGUCGCUAAACAGCUCACUGUUACUGCGAUGCCCAGAAGGCCGUUUUGCAUCCUGACCGGGGCGCCGCUGUCAGAACAAUUUUCUGUUUUUGCUUAACUUAAGCCUUUCUACCCUUAUCCACCUUUCCCCAUAACAUGCUUCUUGACCUCCUUUCGGAUUUUGUGUAGGCGCAUAGGGGCUCGCGGCCAAAAGCGCCUUAUCGUUGCUGUUUACAUCUUUGUUCCACACAGGCCAAACUAUAUUGCCCAUUUGCGAGACCUGGACCAGCUUGCCUUAACCGAACAGCUUGCCAUCUUGAUAUCAUGCGGCAUUUUUUCAAGGAAUGCUGUUUGAUUGGUCCCUAUGAUAGGGGCUGUGUGGCGUUAGGCUCUGAAACGUUGGCCGCUUAACUCGGCAACUAAUGUGUUAUUAAUUGUAUUCAGGUCAGUUAAAUAAGACUUAUACGCAUACUCCGCAGUUUUCAACUUGCGUUCAUUAUGACGUCCUAUUCGAGCCAUUUCACUGACUGUCUUUCAUGUGAGUAGAUCGGUACUUGGCUUGGGAAUCCUGCCGUCCUUUCUUACUAAACUACGUAAUUUAAUCAGUAUUUUUCGCACUCCGCAAACAGACCAGCUAUGCCAACUGAGACCCUUUGGUCUAAUUAAGGGAAAUUUAGAUGAAUGAACCAGUCUCAACUGAAAUUGGCGACAUUUUAUGACUCGAAAAUCCAAAAGACCAGAACUAACCGAUCCGUUUCCGAGGACUGCUAUCUCAUCUAGGGGAGUGUUAAAGGAAGUCAUUUCACUCAAAGUAAGGUUGGAUUUUUGCGUAAUGCUUUCAGCUUUGCAAUAAUAACCAGUACACACUAGCUCAACUAGCAGGUUUGUUAGAUAGUUGACCUUGACCGUUUCUCUAUCAUACAACAGAUGAUACAAAAACCGACAUACUGCACGCCUUGAAUACGUAUAUUGCGGGAAUCCGGUGAUGCAUACUUUGCCCUUACUGCAUCCGUUUCUCUACCUGAAUAUUUGCCAUGUCACUCUAUCACGUUCUUUGAUUUUUUGCAAAAUUAUCUGCGACUUAUUGUACUUUUACUGUCUGUAUGAAGCUUUGAUUUCUAAUUUUUGACUAUGUUACUUCCUUCUCCAGCGUCAGCGAUCCCACUCAGAAGGAAAAUCUCGGCAUGAUUGUUCAGUACCGUGUAAGAGUUCGCCUAGUUCUUGGGUUCGGUGUCAGGUAAGUGCAUUUCGAAUGCUAUGUUCACUUUAUCGCAGCGAAUUUAUCAACCUUUAAGCGUCGCAGAAUUCCUUGUUUGUCCGGAUUAUUCUGAAUCAGGCCUAAAAUAAGCUUACUAGGUGACUCGGCAACUUUAUAGGAAUAUUCGAAUGUGUUUUUUUGGGGAGCAUGCUCAACUUCACUGGUAGUAUUCAUUCGACUAAUCUACUCGGGCGUUUUGUUAGUCUGACAUCCCCCGCCUAUGACCACUUAAGCUGGGGACAAGUUGUAAUUCCCCUAGCAGGUAUUAUUUUCAUUCUUUCUUUUAAAUGCGUGAAAUAGGGUCUACGAACUCUCAUGCUCCUCUUCGAUAAAUGCUGUAAAGCGCUACACCUCAACUCCGGUCCUAUCACUAGGCUUUGUUACUUGGGCACUGUAGAACCUAGGAAAAAUGCAAGGCUGGUGCACCGGUAGUCUUCGCUUCCACGACUGUUCACGCAUAAGUUGCCAGUGCUCCGCUAGUUAUGGUCGUCAGCACAUCUCAUUGCCUUUUGACAUACGUUACGUCUUCUUGCAUUUGAAUAAUGAUUUGCCCAAGAGCUCUUUAGAUAUUCAUCCUAUACUUAUCUUAGAGGCAUUUCUUGCUCGUCACUUUCAGCGAUGUUUGCGUCGAACUCCCCUUCACGCUGACUCAUCCGAAGCCAGUAAUUGACGAGGACGAAUCUGCCCGACCGACCGCGGCCAGUGCUGAAGUGAACUCCCCACAGGACGGAUCUCUACCGCAACCAAACUCGGAGUCGGAGGAUUCGUUAAAUCGAAACUUCAUCAGCCUCUCAGCGGACGAGAUGUUCGUAGCAACUGCUGUCUCUGUCCAUCGCCUUCUUAGCCACCGUUUUACCCCAGGCUUCUUGAUUGUGCCUUUUCACAUCAAAAUACCCACUCAUGACCGUCUAAAAUCCCACCUUUUUCGUAGAUCCUUUCAUAAUUUGAGAACUGCACAAGCUGAACCCCGCUCUUUCUCGUGAAAGUUUACGCAACAGCAGUUUUCGUUGUGAAGGCGUUGGACAUAUAGGAUUUAACAAUAAGGAGGAGCAUUGCAAAAUAGGAUUUUUAAAGAGGAUAGAAACGUCCGCUUCUGACCUCUCAGUUUUGUUUUUUUUCGCACUGAAAAUUGGGGAUACGCCUACUGGAGGUUUGCCUGACCAUAAGGGCGUUUUCACGGCAUCAUGCAUUAGGGUAUUGCUUUGUGGCGCAAAUAUCAGCUGCUUGUACGACUUCCAAAAUAUUUCACAAUUUACUAUGCGUUAAAUAAAAUUUCCCAGUCCCACUCCGCCCUUUCUGUUUGUUUUCAAUGUUGUCGUCUUACCUUUUUAGCCCGAAAAAGGCCUGCGCAGCGGAUCUUUCCAAUGACGACCUAAUCUUUGAGGACUUUGCACGACUGCGCUUGCGCGGAGAAGACAUUAAUCCACCGAGUAAUCCCUUCGCUGCUGCCGCCGGCGGCGGUGACAACACCCCCACUUUCUCGGAACCCCAAGUCUCACUGACUGCGGACUCCAACUCAGCCCCUUCUCCGCUCUCAGCGCUCCUGAGUCCCUCCUCCUGA